AUGCUCUUUGUACUUUUUUUAUUGUGUUACUGGUAUUCAGGCCUAUCAUCUCUUCAUCUGCUUGUUGAGGAAUCCAAAGCAAAACAUUUCCCAGAUAAUGACCUCCUGCAUCACUUGCAAGAAGUUGUGCAGGAUGCAGAACGAUAUGGAGCACUUGCUCAGCAGCUGCUAAAUGGGAAGCGGCACACAAGGUAACAAAUACUGCUUUUGUCAAACUCUACUCUAUAUCACUUAUACAGAUCUUAUUUAUAUAUACCUACAUUCUUCUCUUGUGUCAGAUUUCGGUCAGGAGGUGGAAAAUCAUCAAACCAACUCACUGUUGCAGAAUUCAGGUCCUUUGUAAAGCAGCUUAAUUCUUUUCCUUGUAUUAUCAACCAAGCACCUCAACUCAAGGUACUGAUGAGAUGCUACCCCUAGCUUUACACCGCCACUCUUGUAACCUUUUCUAAAUUUUUGUGCCUUGAUUUGAUUUCACAUUUCAUCUUUUAAUUUUCUUCACGUACACUACAUUUCAUCGGUAAUACAUUUAACUCUCCUUCAUUUAUAACUAUACACCCAAAGGAUCUACAAACACGUGUCGAUGAGUUCCAGUUGCGUAGCCACAUACUGCUGACUGCUGAGAUGCCUCGAGCAAGGGAUCUGCAGCAGCUUCUUGACUCCAGUUUCCAGUUUGACCUUGAUUUACCGUUGGAAAAACUUUGGGAACGUUUGGAACAGGCACGCUGGCUUGAAGAACAAGAGCAUGCAUGGCAGGAGCCAGGAUCGCUUACAGUGGAUGUUAUGAGGAGGCUUAUUGAUUUGGGAGUAGGGCUGGCACCUCAUCCACUUGUGGAGAAGGCAAUGGCUAAGCUACAAGAGAUGCUCACAAUGUGUGAGCAUUGGGAUGACCGUUGUAAACGUUUGCUUAAAGCCAGGUUAGUGCCUCAUUUUUAACUCCUUAAGGACCUAGACAAAUUUGUAUUUCACUUAAGGACGAAAGCAAUUUUUGCUAUGUGUUCAACUUUUUGCUAUGUAUGUUCAACUACAAUAUCAAUCUUUCUCCAUUAUUGUACCAACACAUACUGCGUAUUAUUUUUUUUAAAAGGACAAAAAGGAGCUUUAAUUUGAUGUGGCAUAUACAUAUAAAUUCUCAAUUUUUUUAAAAGCAAAUACACAAAGGCACAAAAAAAUCUAACCUGUAUUUUGGUUAAUUUUACGAUCUCACAUAUUUAAAUGAUUCCAUAAAUUCAUACCAUUUGGUUGCCACCCUGUGGACUAUUACAUGAUAUUUUGAGCUUGAAUGAAAUGACCUUUUUGUCACAUUUUUUCCCAAAAUCUGUGAUAAAUUUAAAUUUUUGCAUGCAUAUUGUGUUUUUCAGCUUCAUUUUUAAUUAUCAUGUGUCCCACUGUAAUAAUAUAUUUGCUAUACUUUGCAACAUCACCUGAGUGCAACAAUACCCCAUCUGUAUACCUUUGCAAAUGAAUAAUCUAUAGUUAAGCCUAAAUCUUUGAUCCUAAACCAAACCCUAAUUAUAAAGCAAAUCCUAAUCCCUGAAUCUAAUCAUAAACCUCACCUUAAUCCUUGCUAAUCCUAUCCCAAACCCUAAUGAUAACCAUAAUUAUAAUCUCAGUCCUAACCAUUUAAAGUGUUAAAUGUCAGUAGAAGAAUUCCCUUAAAGCUUUCAGCAGAGGAAUUCCCUUAUUAUUCCCAGUUAUAGAGUUAUGCUAUUCAGGAUUAUUAUUUUUUUUAUUUUAUUUUUUUGAAAGCCCACAGUUUGUUCAGAACAUUAGGACCAGGUUUCUCUGAGAAUUUCAGCCUGAAGAACAAGGUGCUUAGUAGCAAACAAUGGACAUUCUACUUUGUAAUUCCCUUUAACAAAAAUUUAUUUUAUUUUAUUAUAUUUGUAAUCACAUUAGUCGUGUAUUGUUGCGUUUGUACUAAUAGUUCAUAUUUGCACAGUGACCUCCGUGUUUUUCUUUUCUUUUUUGUUCACCUUUUUCUUUCUUUCAGACCACGAAAUCCACUCAGCUACUUGACGGCUACGCUGCUAGAAGUGGAGAAAAUCACAGCAUUUUUGCCUAGUGCUGAGUUACUAAAAGAUGCUGUGCAAAGGGCUCAAGAAUGGUUGCGGAAAGUGGAUACACUGCAGGUCAUUGAUGAUCCAGAGAAGUGAAUAAUACGAAAAGAGAAUUAAUUUUAAAUAUGCUUUUCUAAACUGGAAAAUUCUAUUUUCUUUUACUUAUUUUUUGUUGUUGUUCAGGCUGGAUGUAAAGUUCCUGUGCUGGACACUUUGGUGGAGUUGGUGACUCAAGGUCGUGCAAUUCCUGUUGAUUUAGACCCUUUGCCGAGGCUUGAAUCCCUGGUGGAAGAAAUACAUGCGUGGACUGAUUGUGCAACCAAUACCUUUUUAACACCAAAUUCACCAUACUGUCUGCUUGAGGUGAGGCACAAAAUGGAAUUUCUUCUUGAGGUCAAUUGAAGUCCAAAACCUUUAAGGCAAUGACAAUCUGGAGUUGCAUAAUUGCCAACAAUUGAAAAAAUUCCAGGGGCACUUGCAGGGAAAUUCACUGACACUUUUGCAGUAAAUAAAAUACAGAUAAAGGAACAGCACUCAAAUUUUACAAUGCUUCUUAAAAUCACCUAUCUCAGAAACCAGAUAUUGGGAUUCAGUUACACCAUAUGGCCAAAUUGUGUUAAGCCCACUACUUCACAGUGCCCCAAUAUCGAUGGGUCCUACAUUAAUUUUUAACAUGGGAGAUUCGCAUGCGAAAUUGCAAUACUUGCUUAAACUGCUACCAGAGACGUGUUUAUUUAUGCUUUUCUGUGGUCAUCUCCUAAAGGGUACCUAUAGUAGAUGGGUGAGGUGCUCUGCCCAGUAGGAAUCUGCUCUGGAUUCCAGAUCACCAGAGGGAAAAAAGGGAAUUAGGUGCACACCUGGAAUCUGCAUUUCUAAGUAGGGGUGCUGCCAUAAAGACCAAAAUAUAUACAAAAUACAGAUAAAAGAACCGCACACACACAAAAAUAAGAAAACAGUUUAAAUUUUACAAGACUAUUUAAAAUCCCCUAUCUUGACAAACAAAUAUGGGGAUUCAGUUACACCAUAAUUCCACUAUUAAUUAUGUCUGUUCCUUCUCCCCCUUCAAAUGCUGUGGUAUCAUAUUUUCACUACUGCAGUAAUGCUAAAAAUCACUGUCGUCCCACUCUUCCUCCUCCACCCAAGUUUCUUCUUGCUUAGUACCAUGCAGCAGGAUCGGUGAUGGCCUCUGCCAGCAGCCCCGCACUGAUUUCUGCAUGGUGCUGCAGUCACACAGAUGGCUCAGUGAGCCAUUGGUACGAUUUGAGCAAGGAAAUCCCUCUGCCGAUGUCAGAGGGAAUCCAUUGAGAUGUGGCAAUAUGGGGUGGGAUUAGGACAAGGAUUAGAGGGUGAUAUUAUAGGUAGGAUGAAUAAAAACUAAUUUUGACCUAGAUUUAUGAUAAAAUGGUAAAGUGUCAAAAUGCUCUCAACUAUAGGGACACUAUAGUCACUAGAACAACUGCAGCUUAUUGUAUUUGUUCUGGUGAGUAUAGUCAGUCCCUUCAAUCUUUUUGCAGUAAACACGUUUUUUUUUUGUUUUGUUUUUUUUUAGAGAAAAUGCGAUAUUUACAUUACAACCUAGGGACACUUCCACUGGCCACUCAUCGGAUGACUACUAGAGGUCAUUCCUGGGGCAGAGACAUUGUGUCUCCACCCUCUGCAUGGAGACACUGAACUUUCCUCAUAGAGAUGCAUUCAUUCAAUGCGUCUCUAUAAGGAGAUGCUUAUUGGCCAGGGCUGUGUUUGGCUUGUGCUUGCUCUGCCACUGAUCUGCCUCCUUGACAAUCUGAUGAUGUCUGCCAAGAAGGCAGAUCAGAGGCAGAGCCAGCAGCAGACUGUAAUAAAGAUAAGCUUUUACUAUGUUUAAGGAGGCAAAGGGAGUUCAGGGGGCUACAUCGUUUAACUCUAUAGGGUCAGGAAUACAUGUUUUUGUUCCUGACCCUAUAGUGUUCCUUUAAUUAUAUAGGCCAGGGUAUGCACUUUUUUAUUACAAGUAUAAAUAUAUACUUUUGUGUAGCAGUUUUGGAUUAUUUUCUUUUCUUGUUUUAUUAUCCGUGUUGAUCAUUCUCUUAAGCUUCCAAGCUCUGUCUUUAUUAACCCCUUAAGGACACUUGACAUGUGUAACAUGUCAUGAUUCCCUUUUAUUCCAGAAGUUUGGUCCUUAAGGGGUUAAACAACAUAGAUAAUAAAUGGGCAUUCAAGGCACCCUGCACACACCUAAUCCUACGCAACCCCACCCAUUGACAGCUCCCUUAUCCCUGUGCCCCUCCUGCCCACAGACUGCUCGCCUGAUCUUUGCUCUCCCAACAGCUCCCUCUAUCCAUGUAUGUCUCCUACCCACUGACCGUUCACCUGAUCCAUGUGCCCACCUCCCAUCUAGUUACAGCUUCCCUGAUUCCUGGCUCCCCUUAUUCAUAGUUACAUGGGCUAAAAAGAGACAUGUGCAUCAAGUUCAGUCUUUCUCACAUCUGUUUUUUGCUGUUGGUCAAAAGAAGGCAAAAAAAAACCCAGUUUGAAGCACUUACAAUUUUGCAACAAACUAAGAAUAAAAAUAAGUUUUUGACCCCAGAAUAGCAGUCUGAUGUAUCCUUGGAUCAAGAAGCUAUUACCAUACAGUUAUUAUAUAAAAUUUUAUAAUUGAAUAUUAUGUUUUUGCAAGUAUGCAUUUAGUUGCUAUUUAAACAUCUGUACGGACUCUGAUAAAACCACUUCUUCAGGUAGAGAAGUUCACAUCCUUAUUGUUCUUACAGUAAAAAAACCUUAAGCUAAAUCUACUUUUUUUCCAGUCUAAACGCAUAACCUUUGUGUCCUAUGUAGUCCUGCUUGUGAAUAGAUUUCCAGACAAUGGCUUUUAUUGUCCCUGGAUAUAUUUGUAUAAUGUUAUGAUAUCCCCACUGAGGCGAAGUUUUUCUAAACUAAAGAGAUUUAAAUGUGUUAACCUUUCUUCAUAGCUAAAAUAUUCCAUUCCUUUUAUUAAUUUUGUAGCCCACCAUAAUAUCCUUCUUUAGAAAAAGUGCCCAAAAUCGCACAGCAUAUUUAAGAUGUGAUCUUACCAGUGAUUUAUAAAGAGGCAAAAUGAUAUUCUCAUCCCGAGAUUGAAUGCCCUUUUUCAUGCAUGACAAUACCUUACUGGCCUUAGCCACUGCUGAUUCACAUUGCACAUGGUUGCCUAGUUUGUUGUCUAUAACAAUUCCCAAAUCCUUCUCGUGUGUUAUCCCUAAUUCGCUUCCAUUAAGGGUCUAAGUUGCUUAUGCAUUCUUUAUGCCGAAGUGCAUUACUUUACAUUUGUCAUUUGAGUGCCUAUUCCCUCAUUCUAUCUAAUUCCAUUUGCAGGAAAGUAAUAUCUUGCUCACAUUGUACUACUUUUUGUGUCAUCUGAAAACACUGAAACAUGAUUUUCAAUGCUUUCUUCAAGAUAAUUUAUAAAUAUGUUAAAUAGUAGUGGUCCCAGAACAGAACCCUGAGGUACACUACUUACCACUUCUGUCCAGCUUGUAAAUUUACUAUUAAUGAUAACUCUCUGUACUCUAUUUUUAAGACAAUGUUCUACCCAAGAACAAGAAUUUCAAUCUAGACCGAUUUCUUUGAGUUUGAGCACUAGGCUAUUGUGUGGAACUGCAUGAAACGCCAUGGGUCCAUCAUACUCUAAAAUUAACCCCAGAUUGACACAAUUAUGACAGUCGUGGGGUUAAUGUUUCUACAGUGUGUCUUCGUGUCUCAGGCACACUGCUGUGGGCAGUUUUACUUUCACAGCCGAUGUGAUCACUCUGACUGGCAGUCAGAGAGAUCACAUGUGCUGCAGGGAAACUCUCACUGUGAAGAAAAACAAGUUAGUUGUAAAAUCCCACUCCCCCUCACUCAUUUCAAAUAAACUGUAACCCCUUCCCUGCCCUUUAAUCACUGUUUACAGUGAUCAAAAUAAAGAGCAUAGGAUUUCACUGGGAUCUGAUUUUCUUUUUUUUUUUUUUAACCCCUCAAGGUUAACUUUUAUUUUAUUUUUAUUUUUUUAACCCUCAGAGGUUAAAUUUAUUUAAUUAGUUACUUAAAUAUUUGUAACAUUUUUAUUUAUCUAGCUAGGGUGGGUAGAAGCUAGUGAAGAAAUUAGAGGAUUUAGUUAGACUAGUUAGAGGUUAACAGUAAAGAAAGUUUUUAAAAAGUUUAAACAAAGUUUUUUUUUUUUAAAUAGUAAAAAAAGUUGUUAAAAGCUAAAAGUUUUUUAAAAAGUUAAAAAAACUUUUAAAAAGUAAAAAAAAGUAAAAAAAAAAAAAAAAAGGUAAAAACUGCAUAUUACCUCUUCACUUGGUACAGGCUAGCGAGAAAAUGAUCCUUUUGAAAUACUCUGGGGUGUCUUCUUUAAGAAAUAGUAUGCCUUUGUGGGGUAGUUGUAAUAAUCAACCUACUAAAAAAACAAAACUCCAAAGUGGGGUAUUGACAGAGCGUAAAAAUUCAAAGUUUGAAAAAAACUUAAAUGCCUGUGUCUCAAACGUGCCCCUUCAACGUCCACAUAUACCUGGCAAAGGUACAUAUGGGGGUAUUGCUGUGCUCAGAUGACAUAGCUGAGCAAUAUAGGAAGUAUUAUAGACACAUAGCACACAUAAGGUUUGCAAAAUAUACAGUAUAAACUCACUGUGUGUGUGUCAAAUUACCACUACACUUGAUACAAGCUAGCGGACAAAUGAUCCCACGAUAAGGUUCAAAAUAUGCCUUUUAAAAUACCCUUGGGUGUCUUCUUUACGAAAUAGUUUGCCUUUUUGGGGUAGUUGGAAUAAGCAACCUGCUAAAAUAUUGUGUUAUUUAUACUGCAGUUGCUUUGUAGCAUUGUAUUUGUGUGUGUGUGUGUGUGUGUGUGUGUGAGCUAUUAUAUUGUAUAUGUUAAUGAGUAGUUUGUGGUAUCGUGUACAUAUGAAUGUGGGCUGUGUAUGGGGGCUGCUUGCAGAAUUGUGUGUGGAUAUGUCACAUUGUGUGUUUGGUGGGGUGUGUAGGUGUGGGCUGUUUGGAGUAUUGCAUGUGGGGUUUGUGCAUAUAUGUGGAUUGUAAUUGGUGUUGCGUUUGUGCACAUUGGGUGUGUGGGCUGUGCGUAUUAUUUGUAUGAGGGGAGGGCUAUUCUGCAUUUCUGUGUAUAUCUAGCAAUAUGGGUGGCUUCUCUGGGGUCCAGUGGGGACCAGGCUGGCUGGGCAGGAACUGCAAUAGCUGUUGUGGGCUGCUCAACUCCAGUGUGGAUUUCCAUUCACAAGUGCUGUAAUGAAGUGAUCUGAGAUUACUUAUUCUACGUGCUGCCCUGCAUCCUUAACAGGUUAAAUAUAUUUUUUGAGUUGUUUUUAUAUAUAUAUUUAUGACCUUUUCCAUUUCACUUUGUCUGUUGUUCUAGGUACUUUGUCCUCGCUGUGAUUUUAGAACAUUUUCUUUAAAAAGAAAAAUAAGGAAGAUAAAGGAUUUGACCAGUAAUGGAGGGAGAAGAAAAUAUUCAAAACCAGAUGAACUGAAGCAGCUAGAGAGAGCUCUGAAUGAAAACAGUGAUACUGCCAGUGCAGUAAGUUAAUCUAUGAUCACCAAACUUAAGGUGUGUGAAAGACUGUGUUGACUUUGUAGUCCUUUAGUUUUCUUUCUGACAUUUUCUUUUGCUUUUUCAAUAUGUGUCCUAUUAGAUGUCCACCUUGGAUCAGGCCCGAUUGCACGAAAUGCAAUCUUUGCACGCUUUGCGGGUUUGUAAUGAGAACAGACUUCAUUUCAACAAGGAUCAAAACGAUUGGAAGGUGUGUUUAUGCCAAGGGCCUCCUGUUGCUCCUAUGAUCCAAUGUGAGUUGUGCCGUGCCUGCUUCCAUCUUAACUGCAUUACAUCCCCUCCACAUGGACCAAAGGUCUGGCUGUGCCCUCAAUGCCAUCGCUCAAAGAAACCUCCGCUGGAGAAAAUCCUGCCGCUACUGGCAUCUUUACAGCGUUUGCGUGUACGGUUACCUGAGGGAGAUGCUCUGCGUUACUUAAUAGAGAGAACAGUCAACUGGCAACAUCGGGCCCAAUAUAUGUUAUCAUCUGGCAAUCUAAAACCGGUGCAAGAAAAGGUCAGAUCGAGCCACUUGUACAACAAGUGGCAGGCAACAGCUGGGCAAAUGGAAGAAACGGACAAAGUAAGUAUCAUUGGUUGAGGUCGAGGAAAUUAGCUCUAGGUUUAGUAUUAAUAAAGAACAAAAAAAUAUGCAAGGGUAAUUUUGUUCUUGCUUGAUCAAUAAAUCUGUGAAUAUGUUUGGAAAAUAUAUUGUUCUGUUAACAAAUGGAGUGUCCUUUUACUCAAAUCAAAGUUGUCAUGCAGGUGUCACAGAAUGUUGGAGCCACUUCAUUUUCUUUACCGCAUGAGUGGGACAACAGAACUAUUUAUGUCCAGUCUCCCUUUUCUUCUGGACGAAACUGCAUCCCCUUGACCUGUAAGUUUCUUAUGCUGCUUUGAUUUGUAAACUUGCAUUGUAGGGCACUGUGAAUGUAUCAUUUCUAAAAUCUUUUACUGUUGGGGAAUUCCAGAUUUGGGCGAUCUCACCCCUUGUGGGCAUAAAGUUACACAGGGACAUCAUGUCGAAGUCCUGACAACACACUUUCUAAGGCUAGAGAGACGUGAUACUUGGAUAUUGUUUUUUUUUUUCUUAACAAGUUUAUUAACUUAUUUUGCAUUAUCAGGAAUUCAAAGUGAAUUUAAAGUUUUAAGUCAAAAUAGCAAAGCCAAAAACAAAGCUUUUUCAAAGUAAUCUGUCUAAAAUUUUAAAUUCACUUUUCAUUCCAAACAGUUCACAUGCACUGUGGUUGCUAUGGGUGGAGAGCAGAAGGACUGCCUGUGGGAGGACUAUUCUUCUCUCCUGUCAAUCAAUUGAUUCUCCAUUUUGGCUUUGUUUGUUAAAUAAAUCAUGACAUAGUAUGUUAUUUGUUGUUGUUCAUCUGAGAUUUUAUUGACCAAAUUUUAAGACCUGUUCAAGACAUAAUCAUCUAUUCCUUAAGUGUAAAACCAUAGAAUUCAAAGAGGGUGUUUGUUCUUUAACAUGACUAUAUUUGUGUGUGUGUGUAUAUAUAUAUAUAUAUAUAUGUGUAUAUAUAUGUGUAUAUAUGUAUUUGUGUAAUAUAUAUAUAUAUAUAUAUAUAUAUAUAUAUAUAUAUAUAUAUAUAUACAUACACACAUACAGUCCGUCAAAAAGAAAGUACUCUCUUAAUUAUAUGGUUUUACAUAUCGGGACAUAAGAAAUCAUCUGUUCAUUGGCAGGUCUUAAAUUUGGUAAAUACAACCUCAGGUGCACAACACAUGACUUAUUACAGUGUCAUGAUUUAUUUAACAAAAUAAAGCCAAAAUGGAGAAGCCAUGUGUGUAAAAUUAAGUACACAGAUGCUACCGCUUUCAUAGGAAAUUAAGAGAUGCUGCUAAUCAAUUGCCCAUUGAUUACUUGAUCAUCAGCAAGUGUGACCACAUCUAUAAAAGCUUACUUUUAGCAGUUUGCUGGUUUGGAGCUUUUAGGUGUGUGUGUUAGCACAAUUACAAGCAGGAAAUACAUCAGCAAUCAAACUGGGAAAGGUUAUAAGGACAUUUCCAAACAAAUUAAUGUCCAUUAUUCUACAAUGGAAAAGACUAUUCAAAAGUGGAAAACAUUUUAAAGGGGGUUGCCAAUCUUCCCAGGGUUGGACAUCCCAGCAAAUUCACCCCAAGACCAGACUGUGGCAUGCUCGGAGAAAUUACAACAACAAAAAAAUCAGUCUCAGUCUCUACAGGCCUCAGUAAGCAUGUUAAAAGUUCAUGACAGUAUACUUAGAAAAAUAUUGAAACCAGUGUGAAAAUACAUGGUGGUUUAAUUAUUUUUAGUGGUUGUAUUUUAUAUAGCUGCUGCAAACACUCUAUGGAUACUCCACCCAAUAACCCAACAGACAAAUAGUAUACCAAAUACUAACCGUAUAUUUAGGUGAUACACCUCUACCGAAUAUAUAAAGUCCAAGUGCAGGUCUCAAAUUUGACGAUAGGGACUUAACCUCAAAAUUGCAAUGGUUGCAGAUAAAUGUAAGCAAACAUAAACAAAAAAAAAUUAUAGUGUGGUGAGUUUAUAACCAAUAUUGACACUCACUUUAUUAGUGUCAAUAUGUGUUAUAAACUCAAUCAAAUUUUUUUCUGUUUGUUUGCUUACAUGUAUCAGCAACCAUUAAAAUUUUGAGGGUAAGUCCCUAUCUUCAAAUUUGAGAGCUGCACUAUAUAAUUAGAAAAAUACUGAACAAGUAUGAUUUGUUUGAAAGGAAUGCCAGGAGAAAGUGUAUUCUAUCUAAUAAAGAACAUGGUAGCACGGCUUAAGUUGCAUCUGAAGACUUAUGAAACUAUGUCCUUUGGACAGACAAAAUCAAAGUGGAGAUGUUUGGCCCUAAUGCACACCAGCAAAUCUACAACAGAAUGGCUGAAAAAAAAUCAAGGUGUUGCAAUGGCCCGGUCAAAGACCUCAACCUAGUUGAAGUGCUGUGGUGGGACCCUAAGAGAAUGUCAACAAACCUCAAUGAACUGAAGCAACGUUGUAAAGGAGAGACAAAAUUCCUCCACAACAAUGUGAGAGACUGAUAGUUGUCACGUAUACAUCCUCUCCAUAUGCUAUGCACAAAAUAAAUCCCCUUUCCAGGAAUAGGAGAGAUACUGCUCGGCAGUCCUAUGCCAUAAGGCCGGGGUUUUGCGGCAUGCCGGUGGACGCCACCCGCUGCAGAUCCACGCUGUUAUGUAGCCCCACGUCUGCCCACGCUGGUGUCGACGUGCGGGUGACAUCAAGGAGGACGCGCGCUCCUUUUGGGGUCAAAGGCCGGAUACUGCCAAUCAGAUUCACAAGAGGGAUAUUUAAACUUACUCAUUGCCCUGUCGUGGUUUCCCUUUGCUGGUUAUCCAAAAGUGUGUUCCUGAUAGUGUUUCUUUGGUUAUUGACUUUGGCUUUGUUCUGACUUCCCUGAAUUCUGGUAUCCCUGACUAUUGGCUAUUCCUUGUAACUGUGUUUUCGUUCUUUGUUCCUGACCUCGGCUAGUAUUUCGACUAUUCUCUGGUAUGUUGAGUCCGGCCUUUCCAAGGUCCAGUUAGACGUUGUCCUUAUUCCUAAGUGUGAUCAAUUGUAAUCCUGACAAAAUUAUGAUAGAAGUCAUACAGAAAAUGAUUGCUUCAAGUUAUUACUGCCAAGUACAAGCUAUCGAAUCAUAAGGUGUACUAAGUUUUUCACACGUGGUUCUUCCAUUUUGGCUUUAUUUUUGUUGAAUAGACCAUGACAUAGUGUAUUAUAUAAUAUAUUGUUGUUCAUCUGAGGUUGUAUUUACCUCAUUUUAAGACCUGCAAGAGAACAGAUGAUUAUGUCCUUAUAUGUAAAACCAUAUUAAAUUUUUUUAAAGUGGUGCUUCCAGAAUGGUCUGCCCUCAGUAGGCCAUCCUGCUUGAUUAGUAGGCAACCUGGCGUGCAUUCACACCUGGCUGAACUGCCAAUGAUUCAGUUGGACAUGCUUACAUUCUGGGCUUGUCUGCCCUUUUGGACGACGCCAGUGACAGGGCGGCAGGUGCUUAUGGUCUCCUCAGCUGAACCUGUAAAUCAACAGUGGAUCUCUGUAAAUAUUCCCCUAAAUCUGGAAUGGAGCACAAAUAAUGAUUGCUUCACUGGCCCGCUCCCUUUGACCGCUCCCUUUGCUGUCAGUUCUAAGACGUGAGAAAGUGUCCCAUUAACAUUGUGCUAAAUGCAAUUUCACUUACUGUUUAGGUAUUCUUUGUCCACUCUUACUGUGAUAAGGCACCAGCUAAACAACUCUGUACGUCUUCCACAGGGCAUUUGUUACCAUUUUUUUCUAAAGGUUUAUUUUUUAUGUCUGCGGUUGCUUUUCUGCAAUAAAAAUUCAAUUUGUAGCAAGGCACUUUUUAUUUAGCAAUGUUUGGCAUGAAAUGUAUUAGAAAUUAAUAUAAUCCUCACUUAGCUUCUCAAUGGGGAAAUGUAUUCAUCCAAGCCAUAACAGCUGGAGCCAGUAUUUUGGCAAUGCGAGUGCCAUUGUAAAGCGGCUUGACAAAGCCACUUGCAUUGGUGGAUCGACCUGUUGUGGCUAGGAUGAAUAAUUUUCACAAUUUAAAUCUGGAGUGUAUUCUUUCUGAAGAACAUUUUUCCAUAACAAUAUUACCAGUGGCGUACACACAAUCCAUGGGACCCCGGUGGGAAACUGAUCCGUGGGCCCCCCCCCUUUCUCCCCCGAUCCAUGCCCCCACCAUCCCUCCUGACACACACACAAACAUACAUACACACCUGCAGAGACACCUAGACACCUGCAGAGACACAUACAGAGAAAAUGUUUCCUACCUUGUGACUUUCCCUGGGGUCCAGUGGGGGUUUUAGCCUGAUGGCUAAAACCUCCCCAUCCUUCCUCCUGCGCUGGUCUUGAUAGCUGGGAGGAGUGACCGGGGAGUUGCUUCCUCCCAGCUCUGUGAUGUAAUCACAGGGGGUCCAGUCGCUCUGUUGAAGCGCCCAGCGCUGAUCAGGCCCCCUGAAAAUCCAUAUCCAUCGGGUGGCCCUGACAGCAUGGGCCACCCGAUGGACUCCUCCAUAUGCGGCCCUGGUGGUUUGCCGCAAAACGUGGCAACUGGUACCCAGUCGCAGGGCGGCCGGGCCCCUGGAGUGACGGGCCCGGUCACAACUGCGACCCCUGCAACCAUACACAGCCCUGGCCAAUUAGCAUCUACUCAUUGAAAUGCAUUGAAUCAAUGCAUCUCUGAGGAAAGUUCAGUGUCUCCAUGCAGAGGGUGAAGACACUAAAAAGCAGGAAGCACCUCUGGUAGCCAUCUAAUAUUGUAGUUAUAUCAAUAUUUUAACACUCUUUGCCUACUUUAAAAUUACUUAAGCACGUUUUACUGUAAAAUCUUCUUCCUGUUCUAGUUUAAGCAUGUGAACAAGCCUCAAUUUAUAUAUUAAAUCAUAUAGUUAAUUAUUGUUGAUACAACUUAUCCUUUAUGUGCGUUAUGGUAUGGUUUUCUUUUUUUUUUAUUUUUUUUUUUUUAUGCAAAUCCUAUAGGUCUAAACAUUGACUGCUAUUAUAUAUAUAUUUGUUUUCUCAGGUUUAACUUCUGAACUAGAUGAGUUACUGAUGGAAGCUCAAAUUCUACAAGUUUCACUUCCUGAAGUCCAGGAGCUUUAUCAGGCCAUCCUUACACAACCUAAUCACUCAGUGGCAGAGAGUAUCCUUCCUGUCUCUGCUGUUGGUUUUGAAAAUGGAAGCACAAAACAGCAAGGCACAGAAAGGAACCUAGCACAGUGUGAGGUAAAAUCCAAACCACAUUGUUACUACUGUUUAGAGGUUUCCAAAUGUUGAUCUUACAGGAGUUCAAUCUAUUUUAAAAAUAUUGUCAAUUAAGCACCAGUUGAACAACCAAGCUUAAAAAUCUGUACCGUCGUUUUUAAACAGACAUUUAAUUGUAGCAGUUAUGUUGCGUUCUUAAUUAUUUAGACAUGCAAGAGGAUUAUCUUUGAAAAUGUAUUCAUAAGAAGAAAAAAAAUUGCAUUGAAAUAAGUAUUCAGACCCUUUGCUAUGACACUUGAAAAUUAAUUUAGAUGCAUCCCAUGUGUACCAUAUUUGAGUUAUUUCUACACUUUGAUUAUAGGCCCCCAGGACAAAUAGAGUUAGAUAAUCUACUAGUUGAGGAAAUGGCUAAAAUGACAAUGAAGGGAGAAGUUAACAUGAGUGACUUUAAUCUUCCUGAUGUGAACUGGAAAACCAAAAGAGCUGCUUGAGCACACAUAUUCUAAACUCACUACUGGGAUUGUCUGUAAAACAAGUCAUUGAGGAGCCAACUCGUAAAGAGGCCAUACUAGAUUUGGCAUCAGAUAUUACUGUAGGUGAAAGUUUAGGAUCCAGUGAUCAUCAGUCAGUGUAUUUUUUUUUUUUAUUGUAUUUUAUGAGGUACAAACAGUAAAUGUACAUUAUUGGUAUGUACAAUCAUCAAUUGUCACAAUGAUAUCCCCUGUAUUCAACAUACGUAAAACUUAAUGCAAUUCCAGUGUUUACAUGCUGUCCAAAUUUUACACAUCUUCCAGUAUCACACGGUGCAAAAAAACAAACCCAGCGUUCUUUUACUAGUAUACCCGGUGAGUGGAAUACAGCAAUACAUCACUGCCAAUUGGAGUAGUUAUACAAGUGUAACACCAAGUCUUGUUUCCUGUCAUUAGAAUCAAAUGAUAUGUCUAGGGAUCGCAGUGUCAGUGGUCUUACUAUAUUUGAACUCAUUGUUCUCUUUUCCUUUACCCCCUCUGACUGUGGCUUUAACUUGUCUAUUAGUCCGGGGUAUUGAUGUUACAGGUAUACUAUCUUGCUUAUGAUAAUUCUUCCUUUCGUACCUGUUUUUUAUCCGAUAUGUAUGUGUGAAUUGUGAAACAAUAGCUAAAACUAAAAACUAACAGGGGAAAAAACUGGGUGGUGGGAGGGGGUGGAGAGGGAGGGGGGAGAACAUAAGUUCUCGAUAUUUCCCGUGUACAUAUUCUACCUAGUCUCCAGCGAUUACAUCUUGUCUCUCAGCUGCCUCGUUUCUUUUCUUGUCUAUAUGCCACAUUUUGUGGGGUGCCUGUAUGCGUCCCACAUUCGCCAUGCAUCUAUCCAAAAGUUUUGUGGCGCUCUAUGUGCUCGUACCGUACAUUCAUAAAGUCUAAUAUUAUCUAGGUGUGAGAUAAUCGUGUCUAGUAGUGGAGGAUCUUUUUGAAGCCACGCCUUGGCUAUAGCUGUGAUUGCUGCUAUGGCUAUGUGGAAAAGGAGGUAUUGUUGGGAUUUUGAAAGGUCCCGUGGUAUAUGUUGUAGAAGGAAUGUCUCCGGCGUGAAUGCCACGUCCAUAUUCCCUACUUGUCGCAUAAGGGACUGUAUGGACCUCCAUAGUUUUGUAAUGAAAGGGCAUGUCCACCAAAUAUGUAUGACAUCCCCUUUGUCGUCACCACAUCUCCAACACGCUCCUGUCUGUUUCGGGUCAAUAUGUUUCAGCUUGGUGGGUACCAUAUGCCAUCUAUACAGCAUUUUUCUCGACAUUUCUAUCUGGGCUGUGGAUAGAGUUAGGUGUUUGUGGGCUGUAAAGCUUUUACGCCAGUUUUCUUCUGAUAAUUGUUUCCCUGUGUCAUAUUCCCAUUUUUUUAUAAAAGUCAGGUCCUUUAUCUGUUUUAUGGGUAAAUAACUGCUAUAUACUUUGGAGAUGAUAACAGCUGUUUUAUUAGAGUCAGUUGUCUCAAUGCCUCCAUAUUUCUCUUUGUUUCUGUGGUGUAUGGUGACCCUCUGUGUCUUCCUAUCCACGAUAUUAUCUGUCUAUGUGCGAACUCCGCUGUAGGUGGCAACUUGUACGCUUUUUGUAGUGAGGUAAAGGCUGUAUAUUUAUCAUUAUCCAUGAGUUGGUGUAAGUGUGUUAGGCCUGCAUUGGUCCAUUUCCUAAUGUUUAGUUGUGGGAUCAGUACUUCAAAGGAGUGCAGGAGAAUUGUUGGGGGUAGCUCUGUAUCAAGAUUUAAGAAUUUUGUGUAUUUAUCCCAUUCUUUCAGAGUUAAGGAUGUUGUAGGGGAAAUAUCCUGAAACUUUUUUCUGUGAGUUUUACUGAUUCCUGCUAAUGUUGCAAUGUCGUAUCCCUCUGUGUGUGACACUUCCAGGUGCACCCACGCCGGGGGCGUGGAAUGGGAGCAGAAUACUGCCACUAGUGUGCUAACUAUCGCCGCUUUAUAAUAUAAAUCUAAGUUUGGGAGACCCAUGCCCCCCCGUUUUUUGUUGUAGGUAAAGUAUAUUUGCUGCAAUCCUGGGUCGUUUUUUAGCCCAGACGAAGGCAUUAAUUGUUUUCUGUGCGUCUUUGAUGUAUGCUGUAGGUAGCUGUAUGGGCAGGGUGCGGAAUAGGUAUUGGAGCUUGGGAAGAACCAUCAUCUUAACAGCGGCUACUCUCCCAGUCCAUGAGAUAUAUUUGUUUUCCCAGCUUCUAAGUUGAGUUUUGAUAGAGUGAAGAAGUGUGAUAUUGGCUUUGAACAAUUUGUGUGUGUGAGUUGUGAAUUUUAUACCCAGGAAUGUAAGGUAGUCUUGUCUCCACUCAAAGGUUUGUUGUAUGAUGCUGUUUGCCUCAGGUGUUGUGAAUAGGCUCAUUGUUUGUGUCUUAGUCACGUUUAGCUUGUAAUAUGAGCAGUCGCUGUACGCCUUCAGUAAAGUAUUAAAGGUUGGAAUGGAGAGUUGUGGGUUAGUCAAUGAUAGCAUUACAUCAUCGGCAAAUGCUGUUAUUUUGUAUUCCCUUCCUCCUCUUACUAUGCCUGUGAUUUGUGGUUCGUCUCUAAUGGUCUGUAACAGUGGCUCCAGUGCUAUGAUAUAAAGGAGUGGUGACAAUGGGCAACCCUGACUAGUUCCAUUAGUUAUGUAAAAGGGCUGUGAUGCGAAGCCUCCAUUUGUCACUCUAGCCGAGGGUUUGGAAUAUAAUGCCGUUAUUAGAUUUAGGAAUGGUUGUGGAAAUUGAAAUUUUCUGUAGCGUUUCUCGCAGGAAGCCCCAGUGCAACCUGUCAAACGCUUUUUCAGCGUCAAGCGACAGGAAUACACUGGGUUCUCCCUGUCGUUGCUUUGUGUAAAGUAAAUUGUAUAGUUUCCUUGUCUGCCCUUAACAAAACCCACUUGAUCUUGUUUGAUUAUUGUGGGUAGCAUAUCUGCGAUUCUUGUGGCAUACAGUUUGGCUAGGAUUUUGGUAUCUGUAUUUAGGAGGGAUAUGGGCCGUAAGUUUUGAGGUUUAGUUGGGGUUUUACCUGGCUUCGGCAGGGUAACUAUAUGUGCUAUCAGCAUGUCAUGUGGCAUCUUGCCCGUGGAUAUUAUGUGGUUAAAUGUAUCUACCAAAUGUGGUCCUACAAUGUGGCUAAAUGUUUUAUAAUAAGAAUUGGUAAGACCGUCUGGUCCCGGUGAUUUGCCCGGGGGAAGUGAUUUAAUUAUUUGUAGGAUUUCAGACAAGGUGACAGGGUCGCAAAGCCUUUUAUUUUGGUCUUCUGUUAGGCUGGGCAAAGAGAUGUUAGAUAAGAAGUUUUGGAUGUCGUGUGCGGACGGUUGAUGUGUCUGGGGGUCCUGUUUUAUGUUAUAUAAUGUUUCAUAGAAAUUGGCCCUUUCUGCUAGAAUCUCCUGUGGGUCAUGCAUUUUUCCUCCUGUGUGAUUAUGUAGGUAUGGUAUUUUUGAUUGGGCUUGCUUCUGUCUUAAGAGCGAUGCCAAAGCCUUGCCGGCUCUGUUCCCCUGAGUAUAAGUGCGUAUUUUCAGGUUCUGAAGCAUAUGUGCCGUUUCGUCUAAUAGUAGCUCAUUUAUUUGUUUUGUGAUCGAGAUUAUUUCCUGUGCCAAGUCUGCCGUAGGGGUUAGGUAGUGGGCGUUUUGUAAAUCCCUUAGUUUUUUUUAAUGAAUCAAGAUAUUUUUGUUCUUUAGUUCUUUUUAUAUACGCCGCCCUACUAAUAAAGAUCCCUCUUACCACUGCUUUAUGAGCUUGCCAGGUGGUUGUGGGUUCCAGUUCUGGUAAAGUGUUGUUGUGGAAGUAUUCACGAAUAUCUUGACUUAGUUGAGUGCGGAAGUCUUUAUGCAUGGUUAGGGCAUCAUUUAGUCGCCACGGGGGUUUCCCUUUGUGGUCAAAUUUGGCUUGCAGCCUUACUGACAUGGUCAGACCACACUAUGUCCCCAAUCUCACUAUUUGUCGCUCUUGGCAAGAUGUCUGCAGUAACGAGAAUCAUGUCUAUUCUAGAAUGGGUUUUGUGGAUGUGGGAGAAAUAUGAGUAACCUCUUUCGGUUGGGUGUUGUAUUCUCCAGAUGUCGUAUAGGUUGUGUUCUAGGAUUACUUUAGUCAGUGUUUUUGCAUUGUUGUGUGAGGAGUUUUGACCUGGGGGCGCCCUGGGCGAGGGAAGUGUCUGGUACCGGGUGUAAAACAUGAUUCAUGUCUCCACAUAAUAUCAUUGAGGUUUUUUGCCUGGUUGGAAUCUUGUUAAGGACUUUAAGCAAGAAGUUCCUUUGAUUAACAUUUGGGCUAUAGAUCCCCACUAAUGUGUAUAUAAUAGUAUUAAUAUUGCAAUAGAUUAUGAGAUAUCGGCCUUGUGUGUCUCUUUUGAGUUGCAACAGUUCAAACGUGAGAGAUUUGUGAAAAAGGAAAUACACUCCCCUGGAUUUGGAGGAGUGAGUCGCGUGAAAUUGAGUGGGAAAGUCUCUGGUACCAAAAUCUGGGACUUUAUUAUGUUUAAAGUGCGUCUCCUGUAUGCACAGGAUGUCUGUAUGGUUGCGUUUCGCUGCUUCUAAGAGUACUCUACUCUCCGUUUAUGCGGGGUAUUAAGGCCCCUUACAUUAUGGGAUUGUAUUGUCACACUCAUUUGUGAAUGAUAAAGUUUUGCGUACUGGCCACUCAGGUUGCCCUGACCUCGUUGCCGUGUAACCUGUGGGUUGUCUUUUCUGUAUUAUCUUAACCCAUACGUAUAUCAGAGGUGGCGUUUGUAGGCUUGUGUCGCAUAGUAAGGGAGCUUUUGUAGCAUCAUAGGUACCGAUAAUACGGGAAGGGUAGGGAAGUUGCAGGUAGUCGGGGGGGAUGUAACUUGGUUCUUUAUAACUUACCCCAUUUGGGGUCAUGGCGCCCAUCUGCGGAGCCAUGGGGGGUAGAUAUCAAGAUAUCUGUUUGGGUGGCUAACGGCCUUACCGUUCUAUUUAUGUAGAAUAGGACCUGGUCCUGUGGGUGGUGACCCAUGUAUGUCUUGGUGUGAUCUCUAUGGGAGAGCCCCCUUGCCAUCCAUAGGUAGCUCUGUAAUAACCCGAUGCAGCAAAAAGCUAGACCUAAUAAUACAUUCCUACAUUUAACAAUGAACAGGUAACACUUAACGUCCAUCACCAUGGGGAGCCGACUUAGCUCCAUUGUCUGCUCUUUAUAGUCCGUACUUUUGCGGUUCAGGCACCCCUUAUCUCGGCUUCAACAUACAUUGCAUUGAUUUGCUCAGUAGUAGGGGGUAAUAGAUAUAUGGUUGUAUGUGGGGCAUGGUUUUUUUUUUUUUUGGUUUGUUUUUUAUAAAAAAUUCUGUGUGCUUGGAGCAUCCCAAUGUCCGGGUGUUUCCUGAUCGCAUGUCCCUAAUACCGUGGGCAGGGUGAUUUAUUGGCAAUCAUCAAGCACCCUCCAUUACUCUUUUAUCCCCUUUUGGGCAACUGAGGACUCUUAUCCUUGUAUUAUACUAAUCUAUGAUCUAUAUGUAUUUUGGGAUGAUGCUGCAAACAGCGUUCCCUUUUAAGAGUGGUCAUGUGGGGAUAAAGGGUAAGCAGUGAGUUUAUAAAAUGUAAUGGGAUAUGGCGGUUGUGGCCCUUAUGUCAAUGCAAAUGUUCGUACGGUACCUGAACCCUCAAGUAGGCAGAGACUGCAAAGGGUGAGUUUCUCAAUGUCCUCAAUGUCUUUCUAGUCUGUUCUGGGAGUUUGUUUGCUAUGUUCACGGGGGGGAUCGCCCCUGUAUUUGCCUGAAGCCACUGACGUUCUUGAGGUUGCUGUAAUAGCCAUGUCAUUUGUGUCUUGCGGGUGGUAAUCCCUGUUGGUCGAAUUCGCUGCCGUGAUUCGGGUGGUGUAAGGUCAGAUCUUUAAAGGGUCCCUCCAAAGGUUCAAGGCAUAUCAAAUGCCUGAGUGGUGUGUGUUAAUUUAGUAUGCGGGUCACCUUUUCCAUUUAGCAGUGAUUGUGGUCAGCUCGUUGUGCAGGUAUCUUGUUCCAUUCUACCUGCAAUCGACGGGAAGACGUCUCCCCCUUCUCUGUUGCUUUGCACGUAAUACCCCAGGUUUGCAGGAGUUUCGCUCCUUCUUCUGGUGAAGAGAUGGUAUGUAGCUGGCCCUCUCGGGAGAUAAUCAUUUUCGUCGGGUACCCCCAUCGGAAUCUCAUGCCAUUGGCUCUUAAACUGUCCGCAAGGUGGGAGAGAUCCUUUCUCUUUUUCAAUGUUGUAGCAGAUAGAUCCGCAAAUAUUUUUACUGAGGGGUAGCCGGGAUGUGGAGCAGAUUUAUUUCUGCUUGUGCGCAGUAUUAGCUCCUUUAUAUGGUAGUAGUGUACUCGUGUGAGCACAUCUCUUGGCACGGUUUCUGGCAGGUACCUUGGUUUUGGGAUUCUGUGAACUCGGUCCAGGAGCAACAUCUCCCCCGGUAUAUCAGGUGCAUAGGCCUUGAUAAGGCCUCUUACAUAUGCCUGCAGAUCUUCCGGCCCGACCGACUCCGGGACUCCCCGCAGCCGCAGGUUGUUCCUCCUGGAGCGGUCUUCAAGGUCCGCUAGUUUCACUUCGGUCAUUGUAAGUUUUUGCUCCAAGUGUUCUACAUGGCUCGCAAGGUCGUUGUGUGCCACAACAAAGUCGUCCAUUUUGGACUCGACGUGUGUUGUCCGUUUGUUGAUCUCUUGUACAUCCCUUCGUAGUGAGUCCAUAGAAUGUUGCCAGGACAUUAUUAAUUUCUGGGAUAGGUUGUCAAGCGCUACUUGUAGGUAGCUUUUGGUAAGUUGGUCGGCUGGUGUAGCCAGUUCUGUAUCUUGUUGUGGGUCUCGCGGAUUCGGGCUGGCGUCGCCAUCUUGCGAAGGCCGCAGCUGCUCCGUGACAUCUAGUUGUUGUUUGUUGCUAAAAAAAUUAAGUUUUUCGUUUUUUGCAGAGCUUUUCUUUGAUUUAGUUUGUGCCAUCUUUUAUUUUGGCAAUUUGCAGGUCCUAAGCGUCCGGAUUGUGAUAGAUUGUCGGCCUCAGUAGCCAGAGCUCGGGUUCAAGCGACCAUUAAGCUCGACGGUUAGCCACGCCCCCAUCAGUCAGUGUAUUUUAAUAUAAGAACAGUGACUGAGUCACACCACACAAAAAUAAAAUGUUUAGACUUUAGAAAAACAGACUUUUAUAAAAUUAGAAUAUGUGUAAAUGAGUCAUUAUCAGACUGGAGCAAUUUAAAUGGAGUCCAAGAGAAAUGGGAUUAUUUAAAAGUUGCACUGCUGAAGGCAACAGAAAAUUGCAUUAAGCUAAUCAGUAAAAGCAAAAAAUGUAAGAAACCACUGUGGUACUCCGCAGAUGUGGCCAAAAUAGUGUAAAAAAAUAAAUAAAAAUUAGCAUUUAGUGAGAAAGACAGAAUGAUCUAUAAGAUUAGGCAGAAAGAGGCUAAGCAAGUUAUAAGAGUUUCCAAAUCACACACAGAAGAGAAAAUGGCAGUCAGUAAAAAAAAAAAAAGACAAACAUUUUUAUUUUUUUAGAUACAUAAAUGAGCAAAGGAAAGUAAAACAAGGAUUAGAUAGAUUAAAAACAAAAGAAGGAAGGUAUGUAGAAGAGGAUAAAGGUAUAGCUGACUGCCUCAAUGAAUAUCUUUGUUCAGUAUUUACAUAUACAAAUGAAGGAAAUUAGGAAAAAGGACAAAUGCGUUUUGUUACAUGUGAGUUUACAGAGGAAGAGGUUCUGUUUCAACUGUCAAAAGUAAAGACAAAUAAGUCAAUGGGACCUGAUGACAUACACCCAAAGUUAUUAAAAGAGCUUAGUGGUGUACUAAAAUCAUUAACAGAUUUAUUUAACCAAUCAUUAACAGGAGUAGUCCGAGAAGAUUGGAAAUUAUCGAAUGUUGUGUUUUACUUCAGUAGUGGGGAAAGUAAUUGAAACCAUGUCAAGGAUAGGAUUGUUGUACAUCUAAAAUAACAUGGAUUUCAAGAUCAGAGACAACAUGGGUUUACUUCAGGGAGAUCAUGCCAAACUAAUCUUAUUGAUUUUUUUUGAUUGGGUAACUAUAAUAAUAGAUCAGGGUGGUGCAGUAGACAUUGCUUACCUAGAUUUCAGUAAGGCUUUUGACACUGUUGCACAUAGAAGGCUUAUCAAUUUAUUUAUUUAUUACUGCUAUUUAUAAAGCGCCAACAGAUUCCACAGCGCUUUACAAUUAGUGGAGAAACGUACAAUAUACACAGACAAAUACAAGAGGUAGAGAGAGCCCUGCCCAUAAGCUAUCUAGCCAUUGGAGCUCUUUUAUACAAAGUGCUUGGCUAGAUGGCCCGUGAGCUUACAAUCUAACGGAUACCAUGGGGAUUUGAGACAAAAGGUAGCAGGGGUAGUUUGGAGGUGAUGGCUGAAAGAGUUAACAGAGAAGCAGCUUUUGGUAAAAUACAAAGGGAAUGAAGAGGUAAUUGAGUGAGAAUCUCAAACAGCUGGAGGAGCAUGCUAUAUAUUUAGGGGGAGCCUGGGUGAGAAGUGGGGAGAAAAAAUGCAGUUUUUCACUGAGUGAGGCCUGAAUAACAGAGAAUGAGAGAGAACAGGCAUAUGAAGGUAUUUACAACUGGGGAGGAGAAAUGGAGAGUGAGGGGAGGAGGUAGGGGUAGAGGGGAGAUUAUUUAGUAGCCAUGUGUUUAUAUACUAUUGAAAGUUUAGCAACCAAAUUCUAUCACCCAAAAUAUUAAUAACAGUCUACAUGAAAUAUUGGUCAGAAACAUUAAAUGACUAUAGUACAAACUAAAUGCACAGAAAAUUACAGUGGCAACUACAGGUAUAACUGGUAAUAAAUCUAUAGUAACAUGAGAAUAUGUUAGCAAUCCGGGAAUACAUGAUGUGGAGUAUCUUCCAAGCUUCAGUCAGUACCUGAGGGUGGUAGGUGUUUCACUGCAGGAUGUAAAAUGCAGUCUUUCACUUUCAAUAAACUGCAGUCUUUAAGUUUUGAUUCAAAUAUUGUUGAAUGGGUAAGGCAGUGGCUGAGUGACAGGCAACAGAGGGUUGUAGUCAAUGGAUUAUGUUCGAAGCAUAGUCUUACCAGUGGGGUACCUCAGGGAUCUGUACUUAGACCCAUUCUCUUUAAUAUUUUAUUAGUGAUAUUGCAGAAGGUCUUGAUGGUAAGGUAUGUCGUUUUGCUGAUGCUACUAAGAUAUUUAAUGGGGUUGAUGUUCCAGGGGGGAUAAGCCAAAUGGAAAAUGAUUUAGGUAAACUAGAAAAAUGGUCAGUUGUGGCAGCUGACAUUCAGUGUGGGUAAGUGCAAGAAAAUGCAUAUUGGACGUAAAAACCCAAGGGCAGAGUACAGAAUAUUUGAUAGAGUCCUAACCUCAACAUCUGAGGAAAGGGAUUUAGGGGUAAUUAUUUCUGAUGACUUAAAGGUGGCAGACAAAUGCUAGCUUGUUUUUAAAGGGAAAGGUAUUAGCAGUAGAAAGAGGGAAGUGCUCAUGCCAUUGUACAGAACACUGGUGAGACAUCACUUGGAGUAUUGUACACAGUACUGGAGACCGUAUCUUCAGAAGGAUAUUGAUACCUUAGAGAGGGUUCAGAGAAGGGCUACUAAACUGGUUCAUGGAUUGCAGGAUAAAACUUAGAAGAAAGGUUAAAGGAUCUUAACAUGUAUAGCUUGGAGGAAAGACGAGACAGAGGGGAUAUUAUAGGAACAUUUAAAUACAUAAAGGGAAUCAACACCAUAAAGGAGGAGACUAUAUUUAAAAGAAGAAAAACUACCACAACAAAAGGACAUAGUCUUAACCCCUUAAGGACACUGCUUCAGAAGCUUGUCUUAUGCUUAAUGACAAGCAAUUUAUUCAUUUUUUUGUUGUUUGCCUUCAACUGCAAUUUGCAUUUUACUAAUUUAUUGCACCGGCACAUAUUAUAUACUGUGUUUUAAAGGACAGAAAGGGCUUUAAUUUGAUUUAAUAUAUAUAUAAAUGCUUAUUUAUUAUUAAAAAAAAAUACAGAAAAAUGUUUUUGUUUUUUUUUUUUACAGUUUUUGCAAUAAUAAUGUGUGCAUAAUUUGUGCAGGUUAAGCAAAGUAAAAAUAAAUUCAUUUAGUUCUGAUUUAAAGAAUAUAUGUGUCUGGGAUUUUAAUUUUUCUUUGGUAGUUACAGGUCACAAAGCACAAGGAGUAAAAUAAACUUUUAAUGUGGAGCGAUUUUAGAAUUUGGUAUGUUUGUCUUGUAAGCUUAAUAGCCAUAAAAGAAAACAAAAUUGCCACACAAAAGUAAUAUUUAUAUAAAGUAGACCUCACAGGCUAUUUACCAAAGAUUGUUUUGACACUUUCUACACAGUUAUUUCACCGCCAAUCUCUGCUAAAUAUUGGAGUAAAAUAGUUUUUUGUUUUUUGGCACACAAACUUAUAACAAAGAACUUCUCGUGUGUAUUUUGUAAAGCUGGUGUGUGCUAUUCCUGUACAAAACCAGAUACAAAACGAUACCCCCAUUAAAUGUCUUUGGCACUAUUUCGUGAAGCUACAGUGCCAUAUAGGAGACCUGUCCUUUUCAGUAUUUACAGUAGAAUUUUGAGAGACUGAUUUAAUGGGCCUAUGCUUCAAUUUGGGGUAUUAUAACAGUUUGACUGUUCAAAAAAAAAAACCCACAAGGGGCUACCAUUUGUAAAAGUAGACACUCCAGGGUAUCUCAUAUGGCGCAUAUUGUGCCUUAACAUGCCCCCAUGUUUUCACCAAUAUAAUCCAAAGUAUGUAGUAAAAAAUAAUUUGGGGCAUUUUUUACAUACAAAUUACAUUUUUACUGGGCAUUUUGUAUAUUUCAUAUGUGCCACUAAGUUCAAACCCCCCAAAUUAUGCUCAGCUAAGUCUUCAGAGUAAAACAAUAUGCCCAAUGUAUGACCUAGAUACUAUUUUGUGAAGUUACAGUGCUAUAAAAGAGACGUGACAAGUUCAGGUUUUUAAGUGUGAAUUUUCAUGGAGGGUUUUGAUGCGUCCGUGUCCCACUUUGGAGCACUUGAGCAGGCUACAUAUUCCAACUACACCAUAAAGGCAUACCAUUUCUUAAAGAACACAUCCCAGGGUAUUUCAAAGGGCAUAUUUUGAACCUUGGGGUAAUUUUUCCGCUAGCUUGUACUAAGUGUAGUGGUAAUUAGCGUUUUUUUUUUUCUGCCUUUUUGACACACAAAGGGAUUUUGCAAAUCGUAUGUGUGCUACCAGUGUAUAAUACUUCAUAUGUUACUCAGCUAUGUCGGCUGAGUACAGCAAUACCCCCAUAUGUACCUUUGCCAGGUAUAUGUGGACAUCAGAGGGGCACAUUUGGGACACAGCCAUUUUAGGUUUUUUUUCAAACUUUAAAUUUUUAUGCUAUGCCCAUGUCCCAUUUUAGAGUAUUUUACCAGGCUAUAAUAAUCCAAAUACCCCAUAAAGCCAUACCAUUUUUUUUUAAAGAAGAAAUCAUAGUAUAUUUUAAAAGGCAUAUUUUGAACCUUAGCGUGGGAUCAUUUUUUCGCUAGCUUGUACCAAGUGUAGUGGUAAUAAGCAGUUUGCACAGUAUAUUUUGCAAACCUUAUGUGUGCUACGACUGUAUUAUACUUCAUAUGUUUCUCAGCUAUGUCGUCUGAGUACAGCAAUACCCCCGUAUGUACCUUUGUCAGGUAUAUGUGGAUGUUGAAGGGGCACAUUUGAGACACACAUUCAGUUUUUUUUCUAACUUUGAAGUUUUACGCUGUGUCCAUGUUCCAUUUUGGAGUAGUUUAGAUGGUUGGUUAUUGAAACUUCCCCACAAACACAUACUAUUUUAUUAAAAAAUACACCCUGGGGUAAUUCAAAGGCGUAUUUUGAAACUUGCGUAGGGUCAUUUUUUCUCUAGUUUGUUCCAGGUGUAGUGGUAAUGAGCAUUUUUAAAUGUGUUUUUUUUUACUUUUUUAAACUUUUUUUUUUUACUGUUAACCCCUAACUAGCCGUAAGCAGCACUAACGGUAAAUUCCCCAAUUUCCCAUAACUCCCACCCACCCCAGGUAGCAAAAUAUAUCAUUUUAAAAUAUUUAAAUUAAUGAAUUAAAUAAAUUGAACCCCUGAGGGUUAAAAAUAAAAAUCGGAUCACAGUAUAAUACUGUGGUCUGUAUUUUGAUCACUGUAGAUAGUGAUCAACUGUCAGGGAAGAGGUUAAUUUUUAUUAAAACUGGGUAAAGGAGGGUGGGAUUUUUUUUACUUUUUAAAAAAUAGUUAUUAAAACAUUUUUUUUUUUUUUUUUACAUUAACCCCUAGCUAGCCUAAAAGCAAAUUCCCCAAUUCCCCACUAACUUCCACCCACCCCAGCUAGCUAAAUAUACAAUUUUAAUAUUUUUAAAAUAAUAAAAUAAAUGUAUACCCUGCUAAUUGAUCACUGUAGUCCGUGAUCAAUUGGCAGGGAAGGGAUUAAUUUUUAUUUAAAAUUGGAAAGGGGGGUGGGAUUUUAAUUUAACUUUUUUUUUUUUUUUUUUUUAACAGCAAGCAGAUCAGCAGUGAUCUGUCUCCCUGCACUUCACAAAGAACCCGGAGAUGCAGGAAGGCGGAUGGUAAGUCCCUGCAGCACAUGUGCUCGCUCUGACAGCCUGUCAGAGCGAGCACAGCUGCAGGGGCAGCGCGAGCCGGUGCUCCCGGUCUGCCUCUAAUACAGAGGCAGUCUGGAGCAACGUUAACACCGAGAUCGCAGAGAUCUGGGGUUAAUUUUAACGCGUGACUGACAGGGUCAGUCACCUGACGUUAAGGGUCUCCCCAAGCGUCACCCGUACUGAAGGGGUUAAAUUAGAGGGGCAAAGGUUUAAAAAUAUCAGGAAGUAUUACUUUACUGAGAGGGUAGUGGAUGCAUGGAAUAUCCUUCCAGCUGAAGUGGUAGAGGUUAACACAGUAAAGGAGUUUAAGCAUGCGUGGGAUAGGCAUAAGGCUAUCCUAGCUAUACGAUAAGGCCAAGGACUAAUGAAAGUAUGUAGAAAAUUGGCAGACUAGAUGGGUUGAAUGGUUCUCAUCCGCCAUCACAUUCUAUGUUUCUAUGAUUGGAGACCACCUGUGGUAAAUUCCAAUAAUUGGACAUGCUUCAGAAAGGUAAACACCAGGUACAUACAAGGUCUCACAGCUGUAGGAGGAUUUCAAAGAAAAAAAUUAAGCAAUGAGGUCAAAAGGGACUGCCUACAGAGCUCAGAGACAAGAUUGUGUUAAGGCAGAGUAAUGAGGGAACAGACGCCAGACUCAAACAGGAAUAUAAAAGUUCAAGCUUUAUUGCAUCUGUUAAUAAAAUUGUCAGUAGAGCACAGUGGCAUUAGUACAUAAUUCAGAUAUCCAGUAUGUUUCACAUAUUUUUUUUAUUUGUUUAUGUACCUACCUCUGCACUUAAUAAAAUGAUGAAACCUGUAGGUUCUGCCAGUAGCAUUUGAAUGAAAACAAUCACCUUUAACCACAUAUUGGCAACAUUUAAAGACACGACCAUACUUCUACAUGUCCUUACAACUUGGCCAAGUACCUUGUUGUGACUAAUAUUGAUCGCCUUAGAGCGGGUAUCUAUUGGGAUUAUUCUACUACUGGUGGGAUUAACUUUGUUUGUGUUUCAGUGAGUUGGCUAUUGGAAAGAUACAUAAGAGUCUCCUUCCCUUCACACUGGCUAUUACCACUAUGCUAUACUGACGAUUUUAUUAUCGGGUGAAAUAAAACUUGAACUUCUACUCACUUGCUCGAGUCUGAACGUCUGUUGCCUUUGGGGAUGUGGUGUUUCUUUCAUCAACAGAUUUAGUAAGGCUACAAAGAAAUUCAGCUGCAAUUAAUGAUCUCAAGAGCACAGUGGCAUCCAUAAUUCCAUAAUGCGAGCGUGGCCGUUGCCGCACAUUCGCAUUAAGUCCCCUCGCCGACUGACGUCGGUGUUAAAGAAGCGUGGGCGGAGCCUGUCCCUUUGCGCUGGAUUCAGGUAUAUGACUGAUGGGGUUUUAACCCCUUUAGCGCUGCACAUAUUAUUCUGAGAUCAUAAGCACAGCUUACUUUAUGUAUUUUUUGUUUUGAUAAGUAGGUAGUGGGUUACCUACUGUGUAAGCAGCAGCUAACAUUUUAGCUUUAUAUCUGACAUAUAUAGCACUAGUACAUUCAUUUCUAGUAUAUAUCUAAAAACUGCUUGCAAAAUAUGGAGAUCUCUUGAUUUUCUGGGUUGGCCAAUCACAGACUUCCCAAUGCAGCUGAAUGCAAAUCUUUGCAAGGUAGGUGCUCUGAACAAUUGUCUGCCUCUGUAGCUAACCAAACCAGCAAGUAACAGUGACCGCUUGUCGACUUGAAAGCCAGAGGACUACAAAUUUUAAAUCUUGUGUAUAUUUAUUGUCACAGGGUCAGGGGGGAUGUCAGAAACCUGGCACUAUGAGUUUAUGCUUUCAAACCUCCCCAUCUCACCUCUUCCUUGACAAUUAACUCAGAGCUUUAUAGCACCUCUGAAAGAACAAGAGGGUGUAGAUGUAAACCUGUUAACUUUGACUAUAAAUCCAACAAGCUAAUGAGAAACUCUUGUUUAAGACUACUGUGAAUGCUUUCUUUAUUUGAACUGGAAGCCAAGAUAGCUUGCCAAGUAAUCGGUAGUGAGGGAAAGCUACAGUUAGGCUCCUGGAAACAGUUAGAUUUAAAGGGGCAGUGCUAUAGAGACUUUUUGACAAUAAAACAGCAGUUGAAAGCUACAAUUGCAUGGCUGUCCUGACUGUGUUUGCAGUGGCUUGUGGUGUAAGAAGUGGGAUGCCUGCUGUAUUGGCUCCACUGUUACAAAAAACCUUAAUGCACAGAAUCCACCGAAAAUUGGAGGAUUUUGUGAAAGCCUUGCUAAAGGCUACUAAUGUGCAGACUAACAUGCAACUGUAGCUACCAAAAAAGAGUGCAACAGAUUCCUGGCCAUGCAAAUUGUGAUGGACAAAAAGUGGACUUGGAUAUGCUAAAAAAAAGUUCCUGGAACAUAGUACUAGCCAGGAGUGACUGCACAAGCAGGAUAUGGACAACUGGUUUUCUGCAGAAAAUGACUCCAGAGACCUAUCUACUGGUGAUUGAACAAACAGCCACCUGUGAAGUCUGACCUUCAGAGCUGUGGUCAGGACUUAUUGGUCCUUUUCUCCUUAGAGAAACUCAAAAAGCUUAGUAAUACCUGAAAGAAGAGGCUGCUGCAUAUUACCCACAACUUAAGGCUGAAAUUCUAGCCUGAGUGGGUGCGACAGAACCUUAUGAUCCCAGCGCUUCUAUAAAUUGAGGUUUAUUGAAGCCUGAGAUAUUUAUGGGCCAGAUGGAUUUCGUCAAAGUCCUGCACUGCUGCUGCUUGACAAGUAUUCUGUGGCCUUCAUAGAUUGGUCAGUCAUGGAAGCCCCAUGUCUUUUGCUAGCAUGGUGGCUCAAGCAAAAAUAUAUUUGUCUACAAAGAAAAUCUUCUAUGAACUCAUUUGGCUUGUCCAGAGGCAAAAGAACAAAAAGGGUGAGCUUGUAUUUGGAGUAUAUCUGCACCAAACAGACUCAAGGGGUCACACUGUGUUUAAGGACCACCUUAGGGGAUACCUAAUAACUUUCUUUGAAUGUGGUGAAAAAAAGGACAUGUCAAGGCCAAUACAAUGUAAAGGAGAAUACCCUUUGGGAACUGAAACUAGCAGUUCUAGUGCAAGGUUUGCAUAUGUUUAGAGUGACUGUUCCGUUAAAGUGAUACUAUACGCACCCAUACCACUUCAUCUCAUUGAUGUGGUCUGGGUGCAAUGUCCCUGUCCCACUUAGUCCUGCAAAGUAAUAUUUUGCAGUUUUAGAGAAACUGCAAUGUUUACAUUGCUGUACCAAGACUACCUCCUAGAGUUUGACUUUAUAAACGACGCUGGACAACUUCACGCUCUGCACGAGGAUGUCCAGCAUCAGGAGAAAACCCCCAUAGGAAGGCAUUGAGGUAAUACAACCCUCCUCAGAUGACAUACGAGGAAUAAAGUGUUGCCUAACCCUUUAGAAUGCUUGAGGAGGCCCGCGGGGGCGGAGGACCACAUCAUUAUUAGGAAUACAUCUUGACACGGGAACCAGACAAGGAGUAAGGUGUAUGGGGAAUUUUAAAGGUAUUGUGCCUCUUGCCCAGAAUGUAAAAACAACUAUUUUAGGGUCCUUUUCUAUGCCAUUUCUAAUAAUCAAACCAUUUAAAAGGAUUGGCAUGGACUACUGUGUUUGUUGUAGAAAUCUGCUCAAAUCAUAAUUUGCUAUUUAGUGGUUAAAUCAAUAAUUGUAACAAAAAAUAACUUCCAAAAGGAAAAAAGUCUUAAAUCGUAAAUAUAUGCAGGGCCAGUACAAAAAUUCUCUAGUAUGCUGUUAAUUAAAGGAACAGUCCAAAUAACAUAGCAAUUUUAGCGCACUUUAGUGGUUAUGGUGCCAGGGACUAUUGUAGGUACAUUUUAGAACGAUUUGAAUUCUUACCACAGACGCCUCUCACUGCCUUGUAUAGAGCUACAUUAGAGCUCAAAGCUUCUGCUUAUGAGCUUCCUUUGGCUCUCCUGAUGCUCUCCUCUCCUUCAAUACAGUGCUUGCUCAUUGGCUGAGAGAGUCAGCUGAUCAAUCUUAGCAAUGUGUUAAGCCCUGCUCUGUUGUGCUUUGCUUAGUCAGAGACUUUCUGGCUCUCCUGUAGAUGUAGCAGUUGCAGGGAGUGGAGCCCAUGGGACCUCAGGUAAGAAGUCAUACUAUUCUAAAAUGGUUUACUACUUACAUUGAGGGGGCUCCAAGUAGUCUCUGGCACUCUAACUCUGUAGUGGUUUCACAGAACCAUACAAAGGACAAGAGGUCAACCAACCACCCAUGGGAAGGAAAUUUCGGUGAAAGGUUGAAUUUGAUGGACCUGGAGAAUCUGCUUAAUUCACAAAUUCCUCCCAACUCAAUCAUGUACCUUACUGAAAUUGGCAAUACGCUCCUUGCAUGUUUUAUUUCCUGAAAGUAGAGGAGGGGCUUAGCAACCUUUUGCAAACCCCUCCUCCAGCUGUUCUCAUUUUAUUGUUCCUGUAGAAGACAAGACUGUAUGUGUUAAACAUUGCAUUCCACAAUAGUUGGUUGUUAAACUUCUCCAUGCAAAUUUUUUUUUUUUUUUAAUAUUACAGUAAAAAAAUAUUAAAUACUCAACAGGGAAAAUGAUGCCAUUUAAAGGAUCUGGAGACCUCCAGAAACUCAACACUCAACCUUUGGCCUUAUUGUAUGUUUAGAACACCUUGAUUGCAUUAUUUUUCCAUAUGCGGUUUUGUUCUCUCUACAGUUAAUACCAUAUGCUUUCUUUUCAAAGGUUUUAAACUACAUAACAAAGAAAGCUGACCACACAGUUCGGAAGUUGAAGAGACAUUACAGAGGCUCAGAGGUUAGAAUGAAGAGGGCAUCUUCAUCACGCAAAAAAAGGGUGACUGUAGUACAAUCAACAGACUUGUGUAGCCGCGAACCCCAAUCAGAAGACACCAUUAACUGUGACUCGCUUUGCUUCUUUACAUCCGAGUCUGAUGAUGACAAUGCAGUUUGUCCAGCAGAACAGUGCUUCGAACCUGAAGGAGAUGAGGUGAGGAAGUGUUAAAUUGGGACUGUAUUUCCCAACCGUUUGUAAUAUUCUGAGUAAUUGAUCCCUUUGUUGAAUAAAUCUGUGAGCGUUGAUACAUUUUUUUUUUUAAAUGAAUGUGUAAAUCCACGCCGAUGUUUCCUAAAACUGAGCACCUCCAUCUUGGCUCCCCGUCCGUUGUUGUAUUAGAUUCUGCCCGUGUACAUCUUAUGCAUUUUUGAGGAUCAUGUUUAUAUUUCAGUCAUUUGAAAUGUUAUCAACAUUAUUUUCAUAUAAUUUGUGAAGAAAAUAAAGAAUGUCCAUGUGCUGCAAAUAUCAAUGAUCUGCAGAGAUCAAUAAAUAUCUGUUGGUCCAAGGCUUCCCUUUGUUUUUGUUGAAACUAGUAAUAACAAUUCUUCUUUCUCGAUUUGAUCCACUCCCACUAUGUUGGGGGUUUUUUUUUUUUUGGUAUCCCUCACCAAGCACUCUCAAACACUAUUACCAUAGGUUCCAUAUGAAUAGCAGUGUUGCCUCAUGAACUACUUAACCAGGUAGUACAGGCUCAGGAACACACAAACUGUUCUUUCAAGAGAGUGACUUUUAUGAAUUAUUAUACUUUUAUUUCAGAAAAAUACUAAGGACAAGUGGUACAAAAACUGCUCAAUUGCAGUAAUCAUUACCAGCAAUGCAGGUCACAGUAGUCUAUUUACACCACAAAUGCUUUCCUCUGGGGCAUCUGUGACACUCCUGUGAGAAUUGAGCCUCAAUGAGCAAUCUGGCCCACUGAUGAGGAUCUGGUAACACAGUGAUGACUAGCUGGCCCUGGCCAACUGAUGCCAAUCUGAGCCCACAGACUGACAAUCUGGACUGUGUAUGCAAAUAUACAAAGACCCGUACAAUAGACUUAUGUUAUAUGUAUGCAACCUUACCAAGUAGGUAGUGGAAUGCCAUAGAGACUAGUUUGCUAGGAACGUGCAACCAGUUGGACAACAAGCUAAACUGGUUUUCUCUGUGACAGAAAUUGCUGAUAUACAAAAAGGUAGUUCUCCUUUUGGAAUGAAGAGAGUUAAUUGUCCACAUAGUUAUUGCUAACGCGUGUCUAUUAAAUGCAAACAUAUGCAGAUAUAAAAAAAAAAAACUAUCACACGCAUUCUACAGUGCUGCAGUAUAUGUUGAUGCUCUCCAUUAAAUAAUAAAAACCAACAUAUUACACUACACUGUAUUGUACAGAAAGAAAAUAAAAUGAAAUGUUUUUAUAUAUAAUAUAUACACACACAAACAUUCAAAAAGUAUUCAGAUCCCUUUAUUUUUUUUUCACAUUUAAAUUUUUUUUUUUUUUUUUUAAAUUGUGCAGCCUUCUUAACAUUGUUUAAAUUAAUUUGAAUAAAGAGGUCUCCAUGAACCUGAUUGUGACUCUGAGGGAACUCCUAAAAUUAUGUGUGGAACUGGAAGAAAUUUCUGGAAGGAACACUGCACUGCGAGAACAGUGGCCUGGGGCAUUUCUUCUUUCAAAAGCCUACUGAUAGAAACACUGCUCUUUAUUAUAAGAACUAUACUAAUGACAAAGCCAUGAAAUGUGUGUUUGUAAUGACCAGGGAUAGAUAGAGAGAGAUAUAGAUAUUUUUUUUUUUUUUUUAUACCCGCUCUGUGUGUUCUGCAAACAAGACUGACUUUUUACAUGCACAUCCAUGGUUUCCUAUGACUGUGGAAGCGAAAGUGUUGCAGGGCUUACUAGAUUCAGGAAAUAUGGUUACAUUGUUAAAUCAAGCCUGGUUUCCUGGCCUAUGUUUUAGAUGACUUGCAUGAGAUGGAAAUGAUAUCCUUAAAAAUGCAAAGAGUGGUUAUGUAAAGUGGAGAGUUGGUUUUAUAUCUAAAUUAGCCGAUUGAGUUUUUCAUUUUUAUAUUCUGGGGGAUUAUUUAUUUAAUGAAAUUGUAAAUGGGCAGUUAACUCCUAUGAAAACACUAGUUGUUGGCAAUCUUGGAACUAAUGGUGAAAGGCCAACUACUACUAAAGACAUAGGACUAAUUGACUUUGAUGUCAAUCCUGGUAACAUUUAAGAGUGCACAGUGGGCUGAUCCAACCUUUUUAGCAAAGUUUAAUUUAACCACAGCACAUAUUUUACUUUUAAAUAAAGGCCUCUCUUUUGUGCCUACUUUGGGUGCAGAUUGGUUUAAUUGAUUAAGGACACCAAUCUGUUUGGGCGAAAACUGGCAUUAGGCGCCUUACAUAAAAGAAAAGAAACCAGUAUGGCUAAGGAAAUGUUUGAUGAUCAAGAUAAAGAUCCAUCUCUUACUAACUUGAAAAACCUAGUUGGUAUACCCCUAAUCUCAAGGAAGUUAUGAAUGUGGACUUCAUACAAAUGACCUCUAAUAAAAUUGAGCAACUACCACCUAUAACCAUGCCAUUAAUCAGCAACUUGUCUCAGGAAGAAAAUUCAACACUGAGAGAAUUAAGAUCUAACAAAAAUCUAAUCAUAAAACCCUCUGAUAAAGGGGGUAACAUUGUGCUUCUAGAGAAAGGAAAAAUACAUUGACAUCUGUAUGUCACAUCUGGAUGAUACAUUCUGCUGCUACAAACGUUCAGUAACUACCUAAAUGAUUUUAAACAAAUUCUAACCCGAGCCAGAGACAAUGACAUAAUUUCUCAAGAUGAAUUAAGAUUUAUUCUACCUAACACUCCAACAGUUGCCACGUUUUAUUGCUUAUCAAAGAUUCACAAGGAUGCCGUGAACCCACCAGGCAGACCAAUUGUCUCUGGAAACAAUUCACUCACUGAGCAAGCCAGCAGAUUCAUGGAAAAAAUACUCCAUCCUUUCGUAACAGAUCUACCCUCAUAUAUACAAUAUACCAAACAGACCUUACUAUCUUUAAAAAAAUUUGACGGUCCCUCCAUACACCUUUUUAGCAAGUCUUGAUGUUGUAUCAUUAUACAAUAACAUCCCGCAUGACAUUGGCCUAAGGGCAACCCAAUUCUUCUCAUAGAACUUUUGGAAUUCAUACUUACUCAUAAAUACUUUGUUUUUAAUGGUUCAUAUUAUCUGCAAACUAGGGGCACAGCGAUGGGUAUUGCUUGUGCCCCUAGUUAUGCUAACCUGUAUCUGGGCUGGUGGGAAGCCAGAGUUCCUAUAGAAACAACAAUAGGAUUUAAGGAAUUUUACGCUGGCAUCGAUAUAUAAAAGACAUCCUCUUUUGAGAAAAUGGUAUCCAAACUCAAUACCAACAAUAUUGGUCUACAACUUACUCAUAUCAGUGAAGACAAACUUGAUUUACUGGACCUUAAGAUCAAACAAACACUUGGUGUUGAACUACAAACAGAACUGUACAGGAAACCCACCUCCUGCAACAAUUUUCUUCAUUGGAACAGUCACCAUCCUUAUAAACUCAAAGCUGGAAUUCCAUACGGGCAGUAUUUGAGGGCUAAGAGAAUUUGCUCUAGUGAGGAAUCUUUCCUAAAAGAAGCAAAAGAACUACAAAUAUGCUUAAAAACGGGAUACCCAAACCGAAUCCUUAAAAAACAUUUCAACAAGUCUCUAAGAAUCUUUGCUGAAAACUGGCCAAUACUUAUCCACGAUAAAGAUGUAGCCAAUAACCUCCCAGAAUUUCCUUGCAUCACUUCACGUUGUGCAUCUAAUUUACACGACUUACUGGUCCGUAGGCACCUUGACACACCAAAAUCCCCUCAAACAUGGUUAACAGAAACGAAAAGGAUAUACCGCUGUGGAUAUUGUAAAGCAUGGAAAUAUAUCACACCAUCAAAGACAAUAGAAUGCACCAACACCAAAAAGACAUACAAGAUAAGGGAUUUUGCAAACUGCAGCACUACCAGAAUAGUAUAUUUGAUAACUUGCAGCUGCAAAAUCCAAUCUGUUGGAAAAACCUUUUAGGAAUUCCAAAGAAGAAUUCUCCAUUACAAGCUUAAGCAUCUCAACACCUGUGGCAAAUCAUGUGAGAAACUUUCACAACACUGACCCUUCUAUUCUUUCCUUUCAAAUUCUUGAAUGUAUCCAUCUGAACACCAGGAAAGGUAACUUUAAAGGACCACUAUAGGCACCCAGACCACUUCAGCUUAAUGAAGUGGUCUGGGUGCCAGGUCCAGCUAGGAUUAACUCUUUUUUUUCUAUAAACAUAGCAGUUUCAGAGAAACUGCUAUGUGUACCUAUAAGUUAAUCCAGCCUCUAGUGGCUGUCUCAUUGACAGCCACUAGAGGCGCUUCCGUGCGUCUCACUGUGAUUGAGAAUGCUUUCCUAUGGACUGACUGAAUGCUUGUGCCGCGCAUGUGCAUUCAGCCGAUGUGGAGGAGAGUCCCCCGCCCGGCGCUGGAAAAAGAGGUAAAUUUAACCCCUUCAACCCUGUAGAGCCCGGUGGGAGGGGGGGGGGCCCUGAUGGUGGGGGGACAUAGAGACCCUAUAGUGGUCCUUUAAUCUAACGUUGAAAAAGGAAUCUAAAUGGAUACACUAAUUAAAAAAACUUGCACGACACGAUCUGAAUGAAGAAUUCAACUUCACACCGCUUAUUCACAAUCUCAAAGCAAAUAAUCUGGACAAUCCUUCAAUUCUACUCUUAAACACAAUUGUCUAACAAAAACUAGAAUAAAGCCCUCAUAAAGUUCCAUUGAUCAAUAGGGGGACAGUUAUCAAUGAACAUACAAAAUAUGAUCAAUAAGAAUAAUAGGAACACUUUAUAAGUCCAAACAGGUCAACCAAUCCACUGAUGUGUUUUUUUUUCAGAUCAUGAACUUCAAAUAGUUGCCAUGUAGUUUACUAUGCCUAUGGCACAUAUUUUUAGAAUUUUUCCAGAAAUUACUAGUGCCCACAUCAAGGAAUAUGUACCAAAUAUGAUUCUAUGAUGAUUGCAUUCAAUUACUUCUGAGAAUAAUUCCUUUUCAGUUAUUGGAAGACCUUUAUACUCCUGCAUACUCACUAGACUCAUUAUUUAAAUUUUCAUGAUUAUUUAUCAUUUUUAUUUUCUUUAAUCAUUUUUUGGUCUAAAUUAAACCCGGCAUAAUAUUAAUAUACCAUUCAGGAACUAGGAUAGAACUAUAUGGGGAAGGUACCUUUUGGACCUUCCCCAUAUAGCAGCAUAAUGUGCUCCGAACUUUUAUUCAAGUAAUAAAAACCUCUAUUCAUGCAGAUCAAUUUUACCAAGUCUCAGUCAAAAAUACACUUUAUACCUUAUUUUCAAUCUAGCUUAAAUGUUACAACUUAGCAACAUAUGAAUAGUCAUCUGGUAACAUAAGACAAUUAAUAUAUAUGAUACGAAUAUCAUAGCCUUAACAUUCUAUUAUUUAGACUAAUUCAGUACGCACUGGAUAUCUAUCUAUUGAAUUUAUUUUUUCGCUAUCCAGUUCCAUACAACCAUAUAAACCCCCCAUUUUCAAUAUGUAUCCUCCUUGUAUUGUAUUUUAUUUUAUUUAAUUUCAAUUUAAUUUAAUGUUACAUUGUGAAAAAACACAUCAAUAUUCUAUUUUGACACAUUCUCUUUAUACACAUCCAUUUUAUCCAUCAGCAUUUACCGACAUAGUAACAUAAGUAUCAUUAAGGGUUAAUUCCACUAUUAGCGUUGUUGGAGACAUGCCUCCCCCAUUAUUAUUGGACAAUUCAAAUCCACUUUGACCAAUUACGAACGAUAUCCUGACUUAAAAUUACCAAUACUUACUUGUGCUCGGUUCCCCUCUGAUGAGCCAACUGGCAAAAGGCGCGCGUUAGAGGCUCAUGUAGCACACUCAGCAUACCAUAGAUGUUAGUCUGUUACUACCGCAUAUCCAGCCGCGGCAACGGAUACCUGUCAAUAGAGCUACCUCUGUUCUAUAUAUAACAGAUGAGUCCUCUACUUUAACAACAAAAGAGAAACAAAUAUCAGAAAACCCCAAGGGUACAUAAAUACAACUGGUACACCAAUGGGUAUCUGGUAUUGAAAUAAAGCAACCCCUACAUAGUUACAUAGCUGUAACUAUAGCAAAAAAACCCAGUUUGAAGGACAAUUUUGCAACAAGCUAGGAACAAAAAUUCCUUAUUGACCUCAGAAUGGCAGUCAGAUUUAUCCUUGGAUCAAGCAGUUAUUACCCUACAUUGAAAGAUUAUAUCCUUGAAUAUUCUGUUCUUGCAAGUAUGCAUCUAGUAGCCGUUUGAACAUCUGUAUGGACUCUGAUAAAACCACUUCCUCAGGCAGAGAAUUCCACAUCCUGAUUGUUCUUACAGUAAAAAAACCUUUCCUUUGCCUUAGGCGAAAUCUUCUUUCUUCCAGUCUAAACGCAUGGCCUCGUGUCCUAUGUAAAGUCCGGUUUGUGAAUAGAUUUCCACAUUUUUAUUGGCCCCGAAUAUAUUUGAAUAAUGUUAUCAUAUCCCCUCUCAGGCGACGUUUUUCUAAACUAAAUAGGUUUAAAUUUGUUAACCUUUCUUCAUAGCCGAUAUGCUCCAUUCCUUUUAUAAAUUUUGUAGCCCGCCUCUGCAGUUUUUAUAGUGCCAUAAUAUCCUUCUUUAGAACAGGUGCCCAAAAUUGCACAGCAUGUUCAAUAUGGGGUCUUACCAGUGAUUUAUAAAGAGGCAAAAUGAUAUUCUUGUCCCAAGAAUGAAUGCCCUUUUUCAUGCAUGACAAUACCUUACUGGCCUUGGCCACUGCUGAUUGACAUUGCACAUUGUUGCAUAGUUUGUUGUCUAUAACAAUUCCCAAGUCCUUUUCGUGUGUUAUCCCUAAUUCGCUUCCAUUAAGGGUAUACGUUGCUUGUGUAUUUUUUACGCCGAAGUGCAUAACUUUGCAUUUUUCAACAUUAAAUUUCAUCUGCCAUUUGAGUGCCCAGUCCCCCAGUCUAAAUCCCUCUGAAGCAAAGUAAUAUCUUGCUCACAGUAUUAUUUUACAGAGUUUUGUGUCAUCUGCAAACACUGAAACAUGACUUUCAAUGCUGUCUUCAAGAUCAUUUAUAAACAUGUUAAAUAGAAGGGGUCCCAGAACAGACUCCUGAGGGACACCACUUGCCACCUCUGUCCAGCUUGAAAAUUUACCAUUAAUGACAACUCUUUGUACUCUAUUUUUAAGCCAAUGUUCUACCCAAGAACAAGCAUUUUCAUCUAGACCGAUUUCCUUGAGUUUGAACACUAAUCUAUUGUGUGGAACUGUAUCAAAUGCCUUGGCAAAAUCCAAAUAGAUCACAUCCACCCCUAAUCUAUUAAAAUAUAACUUUUAAUAUAGAUACAAAAUAAAAAAAGCACAGCGGCUCCUUAGUGAAACAUACAUCCUGUCUAAAGUUGGUGCAACUAGUAAAAGGAGAAAGGAGGCUGAGUGUAAAUAGGCAUAAAGUAUCAGAAAUGUCACAGUAUCUGAUUCAUAGCACAGAUAUAGGUAAAGCAGAGAGGGUAAUUAGUGAACUAAAAUCAAUCGCCCACUUCCCCCACUGCUAUCUCACAAUCCCUUAAUAUCGAGCCCCCCAAAUCUCCUGCACUAGUCUGAUAACCAACUUGAAUAACUAAAAAUACAUCUGAAACUCAAUAGAGUGUAAAGAAUAAGCAUAAGUGGAGUGUGGCUAGGUACUGAGCUAGCUAAUGGUCACAGAUACAGCGUCGUCCCUGUCUGUCUCUACCACCCUUCACACUAAAACGUCCCGACGCGAGUUUCGCCGAAAAAACGGCUCUUCCAGGGGAACAGAACAUCCGAUCUACAGUCAUUUAAAUAUCCCGCCCUUUCCUGUAAUUGGCUACUGAUUGGCCAAUUGGAGAACGGGGGGAGGAGCCUGAUCCUCCGCAUCAGUUAACCCAGUAUGCGUCAAAUCGCCGUGUAGGAGGACAAGCAGUUGAAAUAAAAUACUAUAAACACCUAAAUUGAUGUGGUAAAUUACUGUCUGAUUUAGGGAACAAUGGAAAGUAGUAAUUAUAACCGCAAGAGCUCCUUUUUCCGGAGCUAAGCAAUAGAAAAAGCUGUGAUUAAUAAGUAUUCAAAGUGUCUAAUAUUAGUUACUUCUUAGAGUAACAGUAACUUUUUGCAAAAAUGUUACUAUAUUUUAACUGAAACACAACAGAUUGUGCCUGAAUGAAUAUAGUAAAUAUAUAUAAUCAGUCCAAUACAUAUGCUAACUGGUGAGGGGGCUUUAAGUCUGCCUAAGGGAAAAAGAAAGGGAAUCUUUCUCCCUUUCAAAAUCUAUUCCAAUGUGGUAAUAAUGACAGAGGUUGAUUACAGCAAUGUUAUCUAGACCAAUUCAGAUGUUAAAGGUACAGCUACAUAUUUCUAAGAAAUGUAGCUUAUUGUGAGAGGACCAAUUCUUCAUAUAUUUCCCGAAUUAGAAAAGUAAACCAAACAUGAACUAAGAUAAUAGUUAUAGUUUGGGAGAAUGGACAGUCACUCUAAAAUCAGAUCCAUGUGUAUAGGUCUGUAAACAUAUAUUAUACCAAUUCCAGAAAGACCAUUCUGUCAUAUAGUUCAAGGACUGUAAAAAUGUCAAAAUGGGAUGAAAGGAAGACAACUAUAGCUACAACCCUUUAGGAGUGAAUGAACGGAGUAAAAUUAAACUCUUCAGUCCUUUGGGGUAUAAUGUUUGAAAAGAAUAGAUCCAGCGAGACUCAGCUUUUAAUAGAGAAAUGUUACUAUCACCUUUAUGGUGGUUCUGAAACACGUUUUGAAUUACCUGAAAUUUAAGUACGGUAGGUUUAGAGGCACGGUUGAGUCGUACAUGUUUUGCAAUGGGCGUUUCUACGUGUGGAUUCGUAAUAGAGUUAAUGUGUUGUAGAAUCCGUUGGCGUAAUUGUUGGUAUGUUUUGCCGAUAUACUGUAACCCACAGUCACAUGUUAUAAGAUAAAUCACAUUGGUGGAGCUACAGUUGAUAAAUGAAUUGACCACUAUGUCUUUAGAUGUUCUCUUGUAUACUGUCUUAGAAGGUAAAAUGAAAUUGCAGGCUUUACAAUGCCCACAUUUAAAGAGAUCUUUCGUUUGAAGCCAAGUGGAAGUAGUUUGUAAUGGUUUUAAAUGGCUAUGUGUUAAGUAGUCUGCCAAAUUUCUUGCUCUCUGGUAGGUCAUCGAGGGCUGAUUAGCAAUGGUGUUUUUAAGGCAUGUGUCAUACUGUAAUAAUGUCCAAUUACGGCUCAGCACUUGCAAUGCCUGAGUACUGUGUUUGUCGUAUGUGCCUAUAAAUCAGCUUUAGUUCUUUGAUAUGCUUUCUUCAAGAUUCUAUUAGGAUAACCUAAACUUUUGAAUCUACUUCUUAGCUCUUUGGCUUCCUUUUCAUAGUCAUCCUGACUUGAACAAUUCCUUUUGGCUCUUAAAUAUUGGCCAUAAGGUAUAUUCGUCUUCACGUGGUGUGGAUGGAAACGUUGCCAGUGAAGUAAACUAUUAGUUGCCGUAGGUUUCCUAUACAAGGACGUAGUAAUUUGUCCAUCAUCCAAGAUGCUAAUUGUCAAGUCCAGGAAGACCAAUUGUCUCUCAUGUAUAACAUGAGUAAAUUGGAGAUUAAUCUGAUUGUCAUUUAAAGUGUCAACCAUCUCUUUAAAUAGUGAAAAGGAGCCUAGCCAAAAGAUUAGCACAUCUAUAAUGCGAUACCAGUGUAAUAUGGAAGAGGUGUAGAUAUCAUUGGGACCAGUGAUAUCUGGUCCCAAUGAUAUCUAUCAUUUAGCCUCUUAUUUUCUCUGGGACUGGGCAUGAUGGGUGGCUUAUUGUGAGAGCAGGUUUUUUUAAGGGGUGCCCUUCGAAGGCACAUUAGCCUUUAUUAAUACGAAUAUUAGGUUAUUUACUAUUCCCUCUCUAUAUAUAUUUUUUUCUUUUCCACUUCUAAGCUGCUCAUUGUUAAUAUCACCACAUAGUAACAAUACAAUAUAUAUUGUUUCUAUCUGAUAUACUGUAAUUAUCCGGAUCUUUUACCCAUUACAAUACAGAGGGAACUUAAUCCGUAUAUUUGAUUUUAUAUUCCAUUGAACAUAGUUUUUUAAUUGAACUAUAAUAAAAGUUAAGUCUCAAUAGAUUUUUUCCUGUUUCACAUUUAUAGAUGCACUUUUUGGUUUUCAAUUUUUGUUUAGCUUUUUCUCUCUCAUUGAAUCAACCUUUUUAGCAGCAAAUAUUUCAGUGAGAAAUUGUAUACCAGUGAACCCAGGAAAAAAAACCUUUUGUUUCUGUUAUUUUAGUGGAUAUGAUUAGUUUUAUCUAGUUGAGAAGAAGGUCACUGGCAGUGUAGAGAGAAAGUUGUUAGUAUUGUGAAAGGGAUCGUGCAGGAUUGACAGAGGGGCAAAGUAUGAGAACAGCAGGAGAGAAAAAUCAGCCUAGCAGCAUCAUUCAUUACAGACUGUAAUGAGGCAAUACUGGUUCUGAGGGACCAAAUUAGGGAAGAAUUACAGUAAUAAAUAAGCCCAUGGAAGAUACACACGUUUUCAUUUAAACAGCACUAACAUAAAUGAGGGAGGUAAGAAGGAAUACAGCUGGAAAAUGAAAAAUAAAUGAAUAAAAGGAGUAAUACAGGUAUUCUUGAGUUGAUCUUCCAGAAGUGCUUCCUCUGUAUAUGACUUUGGCUGCAAGAUGUCUUCGCAUUGAGGCCUGAGUGCAAACAUCAGAUUUGUUUGAUUUACAUUAUUCACCUCAUUAAAAUGCCAGACUUGGUUCAGUGUAAUAGUUGUUAGGCAUUUGUUUCACGCUUCACUUUUUGGAUAUUUGGAUGCUGUCUAAUCUGUAGACAGUUCUCUAUAUUGCGGCAGGAGAUUGUAUUUUUGAAGUCUGAGAUUUGUAAAUUAUCUGGUAAACAAACUCAGACUUUAACUGCUGCAAAGCCACUGCCGCAGACGUGUACUAGGAAUGGCAGAUGGAUUACUGUUGGAUCUGAUAGGAUUAGAGUUGUGGAUGAAAGGCAUAUGGCACAGUCUGUUGCUCUACAUAAUUCAUUUUCAGUACUUUUAGAGUGUUAUGGAGACAGGCUGAGGCACAGAGUGGAAUGGUGUUAUGGAGACCGGCUCGGGCACAGAGUGGAAUGGUGUUAUGGAGACCGGCUCGGGCACAGAGUGGAAUGGCGUUAUGGAGACCGGCUCGGGCACAGAGUGGAAUGGUGUUAUGGAGACCGGCUCGGGCACAGAGUGGAAUGGUGUUAUGGAGACCGGCCCGGGCACAGAGUGGAAUGGUGUUGUGGAGACCGGCUCGGGCACAGAGUGGAAUGGUCUUAUGGAGACAGGUUCAGGCACAGAGUGGAAUGGUGUUGUGGAGACAGGCUCAGGCACUGAGGGUAGUGGUGUUGUGGAGACAGGCUCAGGCACUGAGGGUAGUGGUGUUGUGGAGACAGGCUCAGGCACGGAGGGUAGUGGUGUUGUGGAGACAGGCUUGGAGGUGUGUUGAGCUGGACAAUAGUGGUCUUGUGAGAUAUCUUCCCAGAGCUACUGCUCACAGAGACAGGAGACGUAUUUGGAAUAUUGUUAAGCGAGCAAAGCAGGAAAGGGAAUUGGAUGUACUUGUCCAUCUAGGGACAAAUGACUUGGCUUGCAAUGAGGUUUCAGAGAUAAAGGAAGUUUUUAGUGUUUUUGCCAAUGAUAAACGCAGGUUACUUCCACACUGUCAUUUUCUGAAGUUCUGCCAGUGCAUAAAAUUCAGAACAAUAGGCAGAUGCGUAUUAGGGACUUUAAUUUGUGGCUUGGUGAAUGGUGUCGGGAGCAAGGAUUUGGCUUAAUUUCUCAUGGUAGCUCUGUUUGGAAUGGAAAUAAACUGUACAUCUUUCUCAGAAGGGAGCAAAUGUUCUCAGUGAGUAGUUCAGAGGUUUUGCUAGGAUGUAUUUAAACUAGAUGGGGGAGGGGGGCACAAAAGUGAUAAAACAUCAAUCCAAUCGCCCCCCAAAACAAGGACAGAAGGUGCCUGUAGCAAGUGUGUUAAAAAUGAUAAGCUUAGAGUCAUGUCUAGAAAUGCUUGCAGUUAGAUUUAGUCGCUGUUACUGAGACAUGGUUUAAUGAGAAAAAUGACUGGAACAUAGCAAUACCAGGGUACACUUUAUAUAGAAAAGACAGGGGAGGCAAGAAAGGGGGAGGGGUGGCCCUGUAUGUGAAGGAUAGCAUAAAAUCUAGCCUCAUAAGUUAGUGAGGCGAACAUAGAGUCCGUUUGGGUUACGUUAGGAUUUGGUAAUCACACAGUAACUUGUGUAGGUGUGAUUUAUAGGUCCCCAGGACAAAUAGAAGAGUUAGAUAAUCUACUAGUUGAGGAAAUGGCUAAAAUGACAAUGAAGGGGGAAGUUAUCAUCAUGGGUGACUUUAAUCUUCCUGAUGUGAAUUGGAAAACCAAAAUAGGUGCUUGUGCCAGGAGCACACAUAUUCUAAACUCCCUACUGGGAUUGUUUCUAAAAACAAGUUGUUGAGGAGCCAACUCAUAAAGAGUGACAUUGCAGAAGGUCUUGAUGGUAAGGUAUGUCUUUUUGCUGAUGAUACAAAGAUAUGUAACAGGAUUGAUGUUCCAGGAGGGUAGGCCAAAUGGCAACUUUAGAUAAACUAGAAAAAUGGUCUAGAGUUGUGGCAACUGACAGUUAAUGUGAUUAAGUGCAAGAUAAUGCAUCUUGGACCUAAAAACCCAAGGGCAGAGUACAGAAUAUUUGAUAGUCCUAACCUCAACAUCUGAGGAAAGGAAUUUAGGGGUGAUUAUUUCUGAUAACUUAAAGGUAGGCAGACAAUGUAAUAGAGCAGCAGGAAAUGCUAGCAGAAUGCUUGGUUGUAUAGGGAGAGGUAUUAGCAGUAGAAAGAUGGAAGUGCUCAUGCCAUUUUACAGGACACUGGUGAGACCUCACUUGGAGUAUUGUACGCGGUACUGGAGGCCGUAUCUCCAGAAGGAUAUUGAUACUUUAGAGAGAGUUCAGAGAAGGACUAGUUAAUUGGUUUAUGGAAUGCAGGAUAAAACUUACAAGGAAAUGUUAAAAGUACUUAACAUCUAUAGCUUGGAGGAAAGCUCCAUUUUUGGGGGCCCCUUACACAGCUCAAGGUCUGCGGCUCCACGGCCUGAUGGUAAGUAUGCCCAUAAGGCCCACCUAUAGAGGAUCUAAUGUGUGUGCCUAUGGAAUGUAGAGUAUAGGGAUACCAGUUUGUGUAGGCUAUGCAUUGUGGCUGUGUAGUGGAUGAAGUGUGUUUUUGUGUAAAGGAUAGAAAGCAGUGUGUGUAAGGGAUGCAUUGUGUGAAUCUGUGUUUGUAUGUGUAAGGGGUGCAUCGAUUGUGUGUGUAAGGGAUGCACUGUUUCUUUGUAUGUGUGUAACAGAUGCAUUGUGUGUAAGGGAAGCAUGGUGUGUUUGUGUGUAGGGAUGCAUUGUGUGUUUCUGUAUAUGUAUAGGAAUGCAGUGUUUGUGUAUUGUGAAAGAGAGUUUGUGGGGUAGUAUAGGGGCCGAGAGGGGAGCAAAAAAUAUAUAUAUUUUUUUUUGUUUUGCGUCUUACAUCCCCUUUAGUGUAUCUCUUGCAAGUCCCUUGUUUGUCUCUUAUCCCUCCUCUUUGUAUGUCUCUCAACUUCUUUGUGUCUCUUACUCCCCCCAGCCCCUUUGUGUCUCCCUCCCGAGCCCCUCUGUGUGUCUUUCUCCCAUACCAGCCCUUUUGUGCUUCUCUUUCUCCCCCCUUCUUUAGCCUCUCUGUGUGUCUUCCACUCCCCUGUCCCUUAAUAAUCUUUCACUCCCACCUGUCCUAUGGUGGUCUCCUCUCCUCUCCUCCCCCUGUCCCUUAGUGCCCUUUCCUAUUCCCCGACCCUUGGUGCCUCCCCCUCCCUCCCCCCGGUGCUCCACCCCCCCGUCCCUUGGUGCUCUCAUCCCCCUCCCUUGGUGCUCCCCCCCCCUCACUGAGCACUUCCUCUUCGUUCAGCCGGGUACAGGAAACUGAUGCUCCUGUACCGCGGACCAGAGCAGAGCUUGGCCACGCUGCACUGAGGGACUGACUAGAGGGAGCACUGUGCUCUUCCCUUCUUCCUAUCCCUCAUAUUUUGUGCCCCCAAGCCGGUACGCCCUAAUACACGCCGGCCCGGGCAGUGCUGCAGCUGCCUGAGGCUCUCUAUAGAGCGCUCAGGUGACUGAAGCAUUAGGGGGGUUGUCGCGCCUGGUGGUGCCCCUUCCUAAGGGGCGCACUGGGCGACUGAAAAGUCGCCUAUAGAAAGUGCUGGCCCUGCAUUCACGUACAUAUAUUUUUUCUUUUAUUAUUUUUUUUUUUAUUCUAUUUUUGUGUUGCAUGAGUGAUACAAUCCAGCCAUCAACCCCACAACAGCGUUAACAGUGACAUUAAAGAGUAUACAUCAGAAACAAUUGUGUGGCUUCUCUAGAAACGGCACCAUUUUGCAUUUUUUAAGUAACAAACUGAAUUCACUGAAGAUAGAGAACAUAUGUAAAGGGUUAAUCAUGAGUCCUUUUUAGAUGACAGAUUACAUGCUGAGUGUCUAGUACUAGUACAAGUGACUAUUGAAUAUUAUCGAUAGGGACAAAAUCCUAAUGACAGGUGUAGGAACAUGCUUGGUAAUAUUGCCCUUUGGCUAUACUAUAACAAAGUUUCUCUGAAUAUUCAAAUUAGUCUAGACACUAUAUUAAGUGGGACUGUGGCUACUUAUAUCAUGCUAAACUACUGUAUGUUGUGUUCCACCAGUACCACCUAUGGGAGCAAGAAAAAAACAAAGAAAUAACAAUGAGAGAUGGGGACCCAUAUGAGCUAAACCGACCCUUGGUCCAUAGUUAUAGAUAAGAAAUAGGUCGGUGACGGUUAACAUGAGGCCUAAGGGAUGUGGUAGCCCGGUCCUGCUUUCAAGUAGGGUGGUCAGCCUAUGCCCACUAAGCUAUGCAUCCUGCGUGGUGCUGUGUUACAUGACAGUGUCCCCAUAUAGCUACCCCACCAGCUCCAAUGUCCAGCGCAGUCCUAUCCCGGGUUCUUCCAAAACCGCGGGUCGUUGAUGGUCCAGGUAAAGCUCGCAAUUUGCUCGCGGGUUGCUCGUUACAUACUGCCUGAGGGUGACAGCCGUACCGGAGUUCAAGUGUGAUGCAUGACAGCGUCUCCUGAGGAGGGGGGAUAGGAGACCCUCAGUGUCGCUUGUUGGGUCCGGCUCCGGGAAGAGCGGCCGCCUCCCCCCAGCUUCUUCUCCAGUAGGCCGCACUUGGAGUUCCGCUUGCCCGGUUCUGACGGGCAUCAUUCUGUUCAGUGGUGCACUCAUAGUGUGGGAAGUGCACCCCGGUGAGUCUGUGGGCUCUAUAGCCGCCUAUUUUGCCUCUGAUUUUUUUUUUUGCACUUGCGUCUGUGCAGCUCCGAGGUCAGGCUCCGCCCCCAUACAUAUAUAGUUUACUGUAUAUACUCGUCUAAGUCGAUAUAGUCUUUAAGAAGAGUGCAGUUUUUUUUACCAACAAUUGUGAAAUAUGCUAUGACUCGUGGGGAUAGGUCGAAACCUUAUUUUGUCUGAUAUCCCCCUGCAUUUGAAUGAAAUUGUUCCCCUUCUUUUCGGCUACCGAACAGAUUGUGUGGUCUCCCUUGUUAACACCUCACAAUCACCGAACACACCAGUGCAGUAUUUGUCGUGAGGCAAACCAGGCAUUUGCAUUGGGCGGUGUAACGGAUCGCCUGGCACCCCGACUGGGUACCUCCGUUAAAGGAUGCUCCUAGCGCUUCCUGAGGACUCCAAGCACUGCAGCAGACACCAAAACCACCGACCCGUAGGAGCAUAUGAAUGCUCUCAAGCAUAUGAAUGCUGUAGACAGUUGAAUAGGAACCAUAUGAAUAGGUUUACUCUCCUAGCAGUCAAACUGGAACAGCAUACAAUAAAUCCUUCCCCCAAUAAUGAGACGACACUUCACUUUGAGGGUUAAAAACAGGAACUCCCUGUACUGUCACAUACAGUCUCUUUUAUUCCCAAUCCACAAACAUAGUACAGCCCACAGGGCGUUACAAAACAACCAAUCACAUCACAGUUACAUCCCACAUAUUCCCUCCCCUUAUCCUGAGAGGAAACCCAAUUAUACAUACAGUUAAAACAUACUUUCUACCCAACUUUCAUAACUCUAAAACCAUACAUCACAUUCACAUAAAAUUACAUAUGCACAAUCAAUCCAUUCAGGGGAACAACAUAUUCAAAAAUGGCACAAAUCAGACAAGGGGUUCAAAAGUUAGUAAAAAGUCCCUUGUGACUAAAUGAAGCAUGGCUUUCUGGCCCAAACCAGUUUCAGAGUCUUCUAUCCUGGAGAUAAGUAAUUCAAUUAUCUCACAGGACAGACACAAGACUCCAUUAAGCACAUGGUUGCAAAAAGACACAAAACACUUUAAAAUACAUAAAGUCAUAUUUACACAUAACACACAGACAUUUCACAUAUCCCCAGAUAGCUGGGAUCUGAGUGCACAUUAUUAGAUGAAUGGCACUCAGAUCACACAAAUAAGCCUUUCUGCAGGGGAAAUAAACGGUUUAACCUGCAGGGCCAUAGUCCAAAGGGAGCAGGCAAGCAACCAGGCUUCUCCAGUUCACAGUGGCGAGGUUGGUUUCGCCACACUUCUCCCCUUUACCAACUAGACUAACAGGGUAUCUGACCUCCUGCCGGUCAGUGCCCUGGUUAGUCCAGCAACCCACCCACAAAACAGAAACAGCAGCACAGCCCACCCACAAUAACUGGUUACUACACCUGGGUAGAGGAGAACUUUGUCCAUGUCCAGGUGCCUCACCACGACUGUGUGGGCAACUGUUAGGCUGCCUUGGUGGGUUGCUGAGUGGGCAGAGACCAGCGGUACUCUGCCCUGAUGCCAGUGCUACCACGGAAGUAGCCUGGUGGGAGCCUGGUUGUGGGAGGGAGAGACCGACUGUCUCCCCUCUGGAUACACCGCUCUGUGGCUGGGGAACAGGACCGACUGUCCCUAUCCCUUGUGCUGUAAGUGCAGAGACUACAGUCCCAUCUGCACUGUUGGGGGGUGUAACAUCUCCCCUUGCUGGGUUAGGCUGCCGCUGGAGAGAGGGUGUAACAAGCUCCUCUCUCUGAACUGUAAACUGCCGCUGGGGAGAGGGGGUAUCAGGCUCCUCUCCCUGACACUCUCUCUGGCACUGUCUCCCCUUUCAUUAUUUUGUCCUGUGGUUGGGGUGCGAGACUGACGGUCUCUGCUCCCUGCAGGACACUCUGCCGCUGGGGAGGAAGGACGGCACCUUCAGCUCCCUGGGGUACACACUGCCGCUGGGGAGGAAGGACUGCACCUUCAGCUCCCUGGGGUACACACUGCCGCUGGGGAGGAAGGACUGCACCUUCAGCUCCCUGGGGUACACACUGCCGCUGGGGAGGAAGGACGGCACCUUCAGCUCCCUGGGGUACACACUGCUGCUGGGGAGGAAGGACUGCACCUUCAGCUCCCUGGGAUAUACACUGCCGCUGGGGAGGAAGGACGGCACCUUCAGCUCCCUGGGGUACACACUGCUGCUGGGGAGGAAGGACGGCACCUUUAGCUCCCUGGGGUACACACUGCCGCUGGGGAGGAAGGACGGCACCUUCAGCUCCAUGGGUUACACACUGCCGCUGGGGAGGAAGUACUGUACCUUCAGCUCCCUGGGACACACACUGCCGCUGGGGAGGAAGGACUGCACCUUCAGCUCUCUGGGACACACACUGUCGCUGGGGAGGAAGGACUGCACCUUCACCUCCCUGGGAUACACACUGCCGCUGGGGAGGAAGGACUGCACCUUCAGCUCCCUGGGAUACACACUGCUGCUGGGGAGGAAGGACGGCACCUUCAGCUCCCUGGAGUACACACUGCCGCUGGGGAGGAAGGACGGCACCUUUGGCUCCCUGGGACACACACUGCCGCUGGGGAGGAAGGACAACACCUUCUGCUCCCUGGGGUACACACUGCCGCUGGGGAGGAAGGACGGUACCUUCAGCUCCUGGGAUACACACUGCCGCUGGGGAGGAAGGACGGCACCUUCUGCUCCCUGGGACACACACUGCCGCUGGGGAGGAAGGACGGCACCUUCAGCUCCCUGGGACACACACUGCCGCUGGGGAGGAAGGAUGGCACCUUCAGCUUCCUGGGACUCCUUUUGGCCAAAUCUACUAGAGAUUGCAGGUAUUCUCCUACUAGUUUCCUGGCGAGCCGUAACGGGUUUCCUCUGGGUUGGGGUCCCAGACAGUGCACCUCAUUAACCUCUCUCUGUCAAACCUCCUGAGGUAGUUACACGCCAUGCUUGCUCUGCUGAAGUGCUAGUUCUUUGUAGAUAGGUCUGCACGGUACUAGCUGUCUCAGGUAAAUCCUACCUAACUCAGUCUCCGAAGCUGCUUACUCCCGCAUUCGUGGACGCCAUCCCACCGGCUACCAAUGUAACGGAUCGGCACCCCCAUCAAGUACCUCCUGCUAAAGAUGCCUCCUAGCGCUUCCUGAGGACUCCAAGCACUCUGGCAGACACCACAAUCACCGAACUGGAGAAACAAAUAAAUUCUCCCAAGCAUAUGAAUGCUGUAGACAGUUGAAUAGGAACCAUAUGAAUAGGUUUACUCUCCUAGCAGUCAAACUGGAACAGCAUAUAAUAAAUCCUUCCCAAUAAUGAGAUCUAUUACCCUCACUUUGAGGGUUAGAACUCCUGUACUGUCACAUAGCUCCUUUAUUCCAAUCCACAAACAUGCACCUUACAGGGAGGUAUAAAACAACCAAUCACAUCACAGUUAUAUCCCACAUAUUCCCUCCCCUUAUCCUGAGAGGAAACUCAAUUACACAUACAGUUAAAACAUACUUUCUACCCAACUUUCAUAACUCUAAAACCAUACAUCACAUUCACAUAAAACAUAAAUUUUCAUAAUCAAUCCAUUCAGGGGAACAACAUAUUAAAAAAUGGCACGAAUCAGACCAGGGGUUCAAAAGUUAAGGGAAAGUCCUUUGUGACUAAAUGAAGCAUGGCUUUCUGGGCCAAACCAGUUUCAGAGUCUUCUAUCCUGGAGAGUAAUUCAAUUAUCUCCCAGGAUAGACACAAGACUCCAUUAAGCACAUGGUUGCAAAAAGACACAAAACACUUUAAAAUACAUAAAGUCAUAUUUACACAUAACACACAGACAUUUCACAUAUCCCCAGAUAGCUGGGAUCUGAGUGCACAUUAUUAGAUGAAUGGCACUCAGAUCACACAAAUAAGCCUUUCUGCAGGGGAAAUAAACGGUUUAACCUGCAGGGCCAUAGUCCAAAGGGAGCAGGCGAGCAACCAGGCUUCUCCAGUUCACAGUGGCGAGGUUGGUUUCACCACAGGCGGCACUUUCCAGGGGGCGUCAAACCCAGCCCCCAAAUGCCCAGGCAAAUACCAAGUUAGCCUGGUGGCAGACAGCUAGCUUAGUUCCGUCGUCUUAUUCCAGCUCCCAUAAUCACUCUGGCGCACAAGGGAGCUGAGCAGGGAGAGCUGACAAAUCAGCGAUCCCUCGCUGCCCAUCUGGACCUCAACUGGCUGCCCGACUGCCUGCACGCCUGUCUUCCACAAGAGCCUGGCCAGCAGCCCCACUGGACCCCAGGUAAAACAAAAAUCCACCGAGCUCUCCCUGUCACGAAGGCACCCUACUCCAAGAGUGUGCGUGACGUAGUUGUGGUGGUGAGAGGGUUAAAGUUCACAAUUUGUCUGCACUAGACCGGAAAUAAUGACAAAAUCCCCCUUUUAACACCACCCACACUUAAACAUAAUAACAUAACUUUUUAUUUUAACGCUGCCACCACCAAGACAAUUUAUAAAUGGUGUGCCUUGGUCCCCCAGGUAAAUCAACAAUAAAACCCACCAAAAAUUACUUAGUAUUUUUGUAAUUCCUUAAAUAUUGUACUAACUAGUCUUUUCAGGUAACGUGAUUCUUAACCAGACAAAGGCAGAACUUAAUAAAUGAAUGUUAAUUAUGAUCAAAAAUGGUCACAGUGCAUAUAAAAAUAUGAUAAAUUAUCCACAACAACAAAUAAAAACAAAAAGGAUAAAAUACAAAGUCAUAAUAACUCACGUUUUCAAAGUACAACUUCUGUCCAGGGGGUCUCUGGCAAGGAAAGAUGGUACUUCACUUAGAAUUAGAUUCUGACCCCCAAGCAAAUACACUAGCACCCUUCAGGAUCAUUAGAGAUAUACCCUGUGGAUUACCACGCUUCAAGCAGAGGCGGACUUAAGGGGUAUCUAUAGAGAUACAAAGUGACCACCCCCUUGUGUCUAGACCCACAUCAAUCCAAAUGGAAACAUUUGGUUCUAUCUUCUCUUAUGUACCCGCCACAGAAAUAAUAAUUGCAUCUACGAAUUUAUUAUUUUCCCAUUCUAUACAUAUGUUGCAUGCCGGCCUUGCGAUCCGAUAGGAUGGCCAUCACAAUUCCUUCCCUUAUGGUCAAGUUAGGCCACUCAUGUUUGGACUUGGUUAGAAGAUGGCACUUGUCACAUUCCAAAUAUAACAAAAAUUAGGCUUUAUUAUUCUGUGGGGUAAAUAUGAAUGUUAUUGUCCUUCCUUUCGAUAUGAUACUGGAACAAGGCUAAUUGCAUUUAUAUAUCAAAGAGAUUGACUCAUCCCUUACAAGGUACAUGCCAAAUGGAUGAAGAGACAUUCAGACUUUUUCUAAGUGUAGAACCUCACACCUUGCAGAGCCUUGAUUACUUCACAUCCAUAUAGUAAAAUCCUUUUCACACUACCCCUUCUAUCAUCUGACCUCUGUGGGGGUCCCAGCUUCAAAAAAUGUAACCUCUUUUGACCUGAACAAUACAAUCUCUGCCAUUUACUACGCAAAUUACAUUAAAGGAUAAUAUUCCAUAGUGUAAUAAUAAAUUAAGCACCCUUGCUGUGACACUCCCAAUGGGUAGGGAGACUGGGUGGAUUUAAAUAAAAAUUAAAAAUAAUCUGAGUGUUAGGGGGGAAAUGUGUGUGUGUGGCUGGCUGUGUGUCUGUGUGUUUGGCUGGCUGUGUGUGUCUGUCAAUGUGUGUCUGUCAGUGUGUCUGACUUUGUCUAUGAGGGAGCCUGUGUCUGUCAAUGAAUGUGUGUGUGUGUGUGUGCAUGCCUGUCAGUGUGUGUGUGUCUCAGGGAGUAUGUCUGCAUCAUUGUGUGUGUCAAUGAAUGUGUGUGUGAUUGUGUAUGCCUGUCAUUGUGUGUGUAGGUCAGUGAUUGUGAGUGUGUAGGUCAUUGGCAGGAAGGGGUGGGUCAAAUGUAAAUUAGGGGGUGCCCGAGUUCCGUUAUGCCUAGGGCAGCACAGAUCCAAAAUACACCACUGCCGACCACCCCUUGCUGUUAACCACAAACCAGCAUUCCCUGAGUGGCCGCCAUUUGUAUAUACAAGAACGCAUCUUGUCUCCUGAACGCAGGCAGCGGUACAUGAUCGUUGACAGCCUGGAUCUCUGAGUCGGCUACGCAAGACCGCAAACCCUGCUGAAACUUGUACUCCUGCCCGUUCGACUUCCCGACCAGCUAGAAAAACGGUGUUCAGGAGUCAACAUUGCCCCGCAUUCAAAUACAAAAUUCUAUCGAAACUAGCACUGACCCGUGGAUAAGUAGUGUGCGUUUUAAAAUUGUUAGACUAAAAUUUCUUGACUUAUACACGAGUAUAUACAGAAAAAAAAAAAUUGUGUACACUAUAUGGACAAAAGUAUUGAGACACCUGACCAUUACACCCACAGGGACUUUUAUGAUAUUGCAUUCUAAAUACAUAGACAUUAAUAUGUAGUUUUUCUAUUUUGACAAAACUUUUGAAAGUCACUUUUAAUAUACUUUGAAUUUGCAUCUAUUCUUAGUUGAAUGAAUAGCUAUAUUUGGUUUCUGAAACACAAUAGUCCGUUGCUGCUUGGAUUCUGAGAGAAUGCAACGUAAAACCCAGUUUGGUGUCUAACAUUUCCCUGGGUUUAUAAAGGUCUCAUGUUUUGAAUGUAUUCCAGUCACCAUUACUGUGGCCUCACACAGACGUUUGCUUUCCAUAUCUGGUCUCUGCAUGUUUGUCUACAGUUCAGAUAUUAUCAUUAGCCCAAACACAGAGGGAAUCGAGGGGCUGCUUGGAACUUUCAUUUAGCAAUAAAUCAUUAAAAGCUGUUGAACAGCGAAACAAUGCUAGGAGGUUACAAACAAUAUGUUUACACUGCCUACAGUAAUCCUUUGUCAGUAAUAUAAAUUAAAAUUAAAGUAAAAUUUGCAUAUCUUUAUUUAAAAAAAAUAUAUAUUAAUGAACAGCUAAAAGGCAUGAAACCAACUGCAUCAGAUUUUUCUUUUUGACAGUGAUAGUGGUCAUAUUUUUUAUUUUUUUGGUCUUUUACAGGUUGAUUGGGUACAGUGUGAUGGAAGUUGCAAUCGCUGGUUCCACCAGGUCUGUGUUGGAAUCUCUGCAGAAACUGCUGAGAGAGAAGAUUACAUGUGUGCCUGCUGCAAUGAAAAAGUUGCAGCUGCUAGCAAAUAAGAGCUGUUGUUUCUUGCCACCUAGAUAUUCAGGUCUAUCAGAUAUUCUUCAGGGCUCAUGUCCUUGCCUUUAAACAAUCAUGUUUCCUUUACAUGCAUUUUUGGUGAAAACAACCAAUUCAAGACGAAAAGUUGUGAACACUCAGGUUUUUUUGUUUGUUUUUGUUUUGUUUUUUUAACUGCAUCUUUUACUAUUUCGAACUUCAAUAACAAUAAAUUUGAUGUAUAUUGUUUGUCUGAGGAAACUUGUUGGAGCCUAAAUGUGGAUAAAAUAAAUUAAAAUAGGAUCUACAUUAAGUCACCAACCAUCCUGAGAUCCCAUCCCAGCUUUCCCUAAAACAGCACAUUUUUUGGUUCCCCGUAGAACAAUUUAUAUGAGCAAUAACUUUAUUUAAUUUUUUUAAUAUUCCUCCGUUUGAAUGCAGAUCACAAAUGUUUUUUUUUUUUUUUUGUUUUUUUUUUAAAUGCUCUUCUUCCAGAGGGAAAAUGUGUAGUAGCAUUUGUUUGUAGGUGCUUGGAGCAACCAGCAUGUUAAACAGAGCUGUAUAUCGGCUUCCUUUUGCAUUUCUAAAAAUCAGUACAUAUUUGUCUUUGUUUUUAUUGUAGCAAAUUUUGAAGUUUACACUGUGGAAUAAAAUUACCUGAUUAAAAUAUAUAUUGCAUGGAUAUGAGUAUUUAGGUGAUCCUUAAGAUGUAAAUCUUUUGGAGUAAAACCAGUUCCCGAAUCGACUGAGCUGUUUGAAUUUUCAAAUUAACCACAUUUUACAUUCAAACCACUACACAUUGAGAUUAGAGGGACACUAUAAUCACCAAACCAACAUUAGCUUAAUGACACAGUUUUGGUGUAUAGAUCACACCUCUGAAGAUUAACUUUUCAAUCCACUGCCAUUUUAGAAGUUAAAUCACUUUUUCUGUUUUUACAACCUAAGCCACACCUCCCCUGGCUGUGACUAACAGUCUACAUGAAAACAAAAUAGUUUCCUUUUUUUAAUCAGAUGUAACUUCCUGUAACUCCUGCUCUGUAAAUUUCCUGUUAAUUACAUACAGGAGGCUCUAGCAGAUUCUCCUGCAAAUUCUAGACUAAACAGAAUUUACAAUAAGGAAGGGUAAACAUUAACUUUUUAGAAAAUGUUUAAGAAGGCUGUGUAAUCACAUGCAGGGAGUUGUGACUAUCGCUGUAGAAGCAAAGUGAUUUAACUGGUAAAUGACAGAGAUUUGAACUGUUAGAGUGCAGGUGCAUGAUCUACAGUUGUACUCAAAAUGAUUUAAUCCCCACUGAAAAUAUGGUACAUUGUUACAAUUUACAGACUUUCAGCUGUUUGCAAUGAACAAAUUAAACAAAAGCAAUUUAAAUAGCUUAACACAAUGAAUGCUUCCUGUGGUUUCCCCAAAUUCAACUGAAAAUGCAAUGAGUUCUCCGGUCUCAAAAUCAUUUAACACCCUAAAUAGAAAUAUGCAGUACAGGUGAGCACACCUGAUGCAACUAAUCAAGGGCUUCAUUAGUUGCACCAGGUGAGCUUGAGCUGAAAUACUUGAACUGGCUAGGGAUUUGUUGAGUGUCACAUUAAACUGGAUGUUAGAAAUAUGGUGAAUUCAAAAGAAUGGUCCACAAAGUCAUUGCCCUUCACAAACUGGGAACAGGAUACAAAAAGAUAGCCAAGGCACUGAAUCCUAGAGACACUGUUGGAAGCAUAGUUUACAAGUUCAAAGGUGAAGAUAGUGGUUAUACUACCUGGACGGGGCGCAAUAUGUCUUCUCGGAAAUCUAGUUACAGCCAUUGAUAGCUUCCUUUUUCUGCCCCGUCCAGGACCACUGUUCCUUCAACUUUGAACUUGCGAACUAUGCUUCCAACUGUUCCAGCUCAAGCUCACCUGGAAUAAUUUUGAUUGCAGUUGUAUAUACUAAAACUGCUUCACUAAGCAAAACUUGUUGGUAACUAUAGUGUUUCUUUAUCAAACACUGGUAUAUUUUUAAUGCUUAUAUAGGAAAUAAGAAAAACAGUAAAUGUUCCCAACAUAUUAAUAAUAUAUCUGUAUUAAAUGAAUUUGUUAAAUUUAGACACAUUUAAUAGUGUACAUGGUAUGCAUACAAGUUUUUUUGCCUUUUCUUAUAUAUACACAUAUAAUUUGUGCUUUUAUUGUCCUCAGGUUUAUUUGCCAAUUUUCUUAACUGAAAGAAGAAUAAGUGUCUGAUUACCAUGCUUGAAAGCUGUACUAUUUAUUUUAUGGGUUGGAAAAUUGAUUGUAUAUUGAACAUCGAGUGAAGACAUCACAAAAUUACAGAAGUGAUACAAGUUAAC